CUGAAACCUUGUGUUUGAAGAGUUACUGCUAAAUUAAUAACAUCACUAACCAUUGUUUAAUUCUUCUAUUUUUACUUUAGUCAUUGAACACGAAUCUUUGCUUUUGAACACCUUGAGCUGGAAAGUCAUUUAAUAAGAAGUUUAUAGAAAUGAUUCUUCAUAUUUUAGAAUAUCUCCUUUUAAGGAACACAGGCCGGAGGCUCAAUAAAAAGGUAAGCCUUGCUAGUUUUAAGAGUAUACAAUUGUAUUGUAUGUGGAGUCUACAUGUAUCUGCUUGUUACCUGUGAAGACUGUUAACCUUAUAAUCACAGAAAUACAAUUACAAGAAAAAAAGCAAACUGGAGACAAUUCAUUACUUAGAGAUUUUAUUUACAGAGGGCUGCUUUCUAUGAUUGGCUCUAUCAGUUACCUACAAGCCAAUAAUGUUUAAAACAGCUGAGGGUAACGUUAUGGACUCGCUGCUGUUUCCAUGUCACCAAAUCCCAAAUUUAGCGCCUGCAGAGAAAGGUAAUUUCGCUACAGAAGUGAAGACAGGAAUCUCUAAAGUACAAACCAUAAAGAUGUGGAAUCCAGUGCUUAAAAACAUUGUUCUUUCAGUGCUUUCAGUUCAUAUGCGAAUAUUUUAACAAUGUUUAGAUGGACAUUUUGGAGAAAAUAGAAUAUUCAUGGUAAUAAUACGUUUUGGUAUGGGAGGUAACAACUUAUUGAUCUUAGAAACAAUUGACUGCCAUUUUGGAGUCAGGAAGGAAUGUUUUUUCUUCAUUUUGCAGCAAAGUGGAAAACUGUUUCAAAUCGUGUUUUCAGCUUUUGUAUCAGCAGUAGAAACAGAAAUGUGUGUAAGUCUAAAGUUGAUAAUGUGUAACUAUGUUAGCAGCUGCUGUGAUGUUUUACAUCUCCCAUAGAGAUUAAAGGGGCACUAUAGUCACCUAAAUUACUUUAGCUAAAUAAAGCAGUUUUAGUGUACAUAUCAUUCCCCUGCAAUUUCACUGCUCAAUUCACUGUCAUUUCGGAGUUAAAUCACUGUGUUUCUGUUUAUGCAGCCCUAGCCACACCUCCCCUGGCUAUGAUUGACAGAGCCUGCAUGAAAAAAAACUGGUUUCACUUUGAAACAGAUGUCAUUUACCUUAAAUAAUUGUAUCUCAAUCUCUAAAUUGAACUUUAAUCACAUACAGGAAGCUCUUGCAGGGUCUAGCAAGCUAUUAACAUAACAGGGGAUAAGAAAAUCUUAAUUAAACAGAACUUGCAAUAAAGAAAGCCUAAAUAGGGCUCUCUUUACAGGAAGUGUUUAUGGAAAGCUGUGCAAGUCACAUGCAGGGAGGUGUGACUAGGGUUCAUAAACAAAGGGUAUAACUCCUAAAUGGCAGAGGAUUGAGCAGUGAGGCUGCGGGGGCAUGUUCUAUACACCAAAACUGCUUCAUUAAGCCAAAGUUGUUCAGGUGACUAUAGUGUCCCUUUAAUAGGAGACUACUAGUUUCCAUUCUAGUUGGUAAAAUAUUACCACCAUGUGAAAUGUAGUCACUAGGUCAAGUAGAAUUCAAUUUAAAGUGGAAAAGACAAACUAGUAUCAGAAAACUCCCAAAUGUAUCUUAUAGGAGAUAUGUAUUUAUUAUUUAAGUGCAUUCAAAGGGACACUAUAAAAUCAGUAAAUCUUAACGUAAUGAUUUUAGUGCGUAGACCAGGUCCCCUUUCUCUGACAGAUAUAAACAUUGCCAUUUCUGAGAAUACACCUGACAGUCAAUAGACAUCUCCUUAUUAUGAUAUACAAAAAUCAAAGGUUUUUACAUUUUGACGUCAUCGUGGUGUGUGUGUGAUGUUCCUGAACAUUAUCAAUGCAUUGGUUUCAUUGCCUCUCUCCAAGAAGCAUCUGAUUUUUCUGAUUGCAAUCCUAACGUUUGACCCUGGCUCCAGGAUUUUUAGGAAAUUUAGCAGGGGCAGGUAUAGGAGCCAGUAAAUAUGUCACCAUGAAGAAUAAGUAAAAAUAAUAAUAAGAAUGCACCCACAGUUUUUCCAAUUCCAAAAACAAACAAUCAAAAUGAUUCAAUGAAAAUGCCAGUAAAUAUGGAAAAAUGUAAUGCGCUAAAAUGAUCUGUUUUACCUCUACAGGUGAACAUCUUCGGUAAAAAAAAUGUGUAUGAAUUUCUUACUCACUUGAAGAUGUGAACAAAACUCACUGGAUGUUGAACUACUGUCAGACUCUGGAUAUCAAUGGGCACACUUUGCAAUACGUAGCCACAUAGAUUUUUCUACAGUUUUCUUAGGGACAUCAUACUAUAUGGGCACCAUAGCCAACAAAUUAGGGAUUGUCAGCCAUAAUGGAGGACCAGCAGCUGUACAAGGCUAAUCUGUCAGCCAACAGCAGUGAUAAUGUGUUUUACCAGCACAUACAGUGUCAAGCAAAUAACCAGACUCUUAACCAUAGUUAUGACUCUGUGGACUUGAAUGAGUCCAUGUCACCUUCACCUCAUUUGUCUUUAGAUACUAGGGAUGCUACAUUACCUACAAGAGCUAAAAACCUUGGCCCAGUGGAUUCUGCUGGGCAGACUAACUGGUCACAGUCAGGCUCAGGAAACAACAUUGAAGGAAGAAGCCAUUUAAAUAGCUACGAUCAAAACUUACAAUGGAAUUCCCAGGCACAAAACGAAACGGCUGAUGCAUACCAGGCAACAUAUUAUUGUCAGAUGGGUGACAAUCGGCCCAAAGUGACCAGUGGUGCCUUGCACAAGUUGGACUCUUUUACACAGGUAUUUGCUAGGCAUAAUUUAAGAAUCCAAUCUUCAUCUCAGGGCAUCCAUGAGCAACCAUCACUAAUGGACAGUGAUAGUGCGCUUCGACAGUUGCUGUCAUUCAAGUCAACAUCUGAGCAGCAGACCCAUCCUAAUACCAUAGAUAGGUACCAACAAGCUCCCCAGCAAAUGCAGAGCAGCUUAGCAAAUCAACAGCAGAAGCAUCUCCUACAAACUAUGCAACAUUCUCAGCAGAACUUUUAUUAUGAUUAUCCGCAACAUGUAAACGAAUUGCAGCAAGGGCAGCAGUUUGUUCAACAAAUGCAGACUCAGCAGGUUUUGACGCAGCAGUCUCAGCAAAUGCAUCAGCCGCAGUACUACAUGCAGUCUCUACAUUCUGGGCAGCAGCAUGUCGCUCUUCAUGAAAUGCAUCAGUCGCAGCAACAGCGCCAGUUUUCUGGUCAGCUGCCCCAGUAUUACCAGACACAGGCUGCAGCGGCAGAAAUGCCUCACUCUAUGCAGCAAACGCAGCACCAUAAUAUGCAGUUGCAAUCUCAGACCUAUCACAGGGAUCGCAGUCAAAAGGCUGAUCAUUAUGCACAGGAUCAGUCUCACCCCAUGCAGCUGAUUCAGUUGGGUGCUGUGCCUCAUUAUGUAUACCAAAACUCUCAGCCGUUCCGCAACUUAAACAAACAAAGCAUGAUUCAACAGCAACUGCAGGAAGAUGCCAGCCCGCAAAAGACUUUCCAUAGUGAGGGCCAAAGCCAUGCCAUCAUGGACACCACGAUGGGACUUACCAAUGCAGAUAUCUUGGAUAAUUAUAACAGGGAGGAUAUGAGCGCUAUGCAAAAUCCUGUUACUCAGCAUCCUGUCCUCAUCCAUGAUGCCUCCUACCUUGCAAAUCAUCCAUCUUCAAAUACAGCUUGGCCUCAGGUACAGUGUAAUAGAGUAAAAUAUUAUAAUAAAAUCGUUUGUUGUGCUUUUGGUUUUGCUGUUAUUAAUUACCUACGCAUUAUUAUAUAGAGGGGGCAGAACAUGUUUAAGCACAUUUCCAUGUAAAAAUAUAAUAAUUCUGGUUUCUGCUGAGGUAGUGCUAAGAACUUUCAUUUGUGUUCCUGUGUUUGCGAAUGCCUUAUUAAAUUAUAUGGCAGAUUUACAAGUUGUAAUAUGUACUAAUUAUGGCGACAACCAUUUGUGGCAAUUUGGAUUCUCAUAUUCAGGGGCAAUUCACUAACAAUAGUACGGCCCAGACCAGAACAACCAAGAUCACCUCUGAAUGGCUAAAAUCACCCCUGAGUGGAAUCCUCCCCUAUUAAAGUUGAAACAUUUAUAAUAUCUGCCCAAGCUUUGCUCAAAAUUAAAAAAAAAAUUAAAAAUGCUUAAUGGGCCCCUACCUGUUCUUCCAUAAACUCCCCGUUUGUACAAUAAUUUGGUCCUUUUGUGCCCUGCCUUAGUUCAAUGUGUUCAAUCUCCGACUGCCUCACUAAGCAGUGAAAGGACACAGAUGGAGCUACACACACACCUUUACAAUUUGUGGGGUUGGGGGGAAGAACCAACACAUAAUUCUGCCCAAAGUGCCACUUCGAGUCCAAGCUUGAAUACUUUAGCAUACAUUAUUCAAUUAAUUAAAGUUCAUUACAAUCCAGGGUUUAGUAAAAUGCCCCCCACAGUAUCUCCCUGUAGAUGUCAGCAAAUAUUAUUGUCUUUAAAAUUGCUUGCUGCUUUAUAACUUUUUAUAAAUUUUGGACAAUAAUUUGGUGUGCAGUGAUGUACUGUUUGCAUCCAGCUUGUUUGUUAAGCAGUGCUCUGUUCUAUUUGUGUUCUGAAGUACUGAAAUAUGGCAAUCACCAUGGAAACCAGUAGGAUCAGCAGGUACAUGUCAUUGGUGAAUCCCUACAUUUAACACUUUUGCAACACUUUUGAACAGACCACUUUGAUAAAAUUUCCCGGUUGUUUGAGAUUCCUGGAUUAAGUAAAUAAAACACCUUUUACGUCAAAUUGGAGUAUGUGACUGUCAUUUCAGUGUGUAUCAUUCUAAAAAAAUAUAUAUUUCUAUGACAAUUCACUGAGGCCCAAUAUCACUAUCUAUCUAGAUAUUUAAAUGUUCUAUAUAUUAUUCUUCUGAUUUUUCUCAUUUUGUUUUACAGCAAAUGCCAGAUGACAAUCCACUGACCAUGUCUCCAGAACAUAGGUAUAUCUUCCAAUUGGAUGUUACAUUCUUUUUAUUUCGGAAUCUUGCACAUUUCACAGAAACAUGCACAUCAGUCUGAACCAUAAAAACCCAACCAGCAGUGUAUACGGAUGUUGUAUGAUUAGAAAUAUAUUGUUAGAUAUAAGGAAAAGGUUCUGUUAAAAAUCUUACACAUUUUAAAUCAAUUUGAUCAUACUUGAAUGAGAGUUGUGUACAUACUUAUAAAAAUUGGCAUCAGUACAUAAAUUAAGUUUGACAAAAAAAAUUUAAAAAAAAAAAAUAUAACUAAUUAUGGCUAAGCUUGUAAACCCUGUCAUUCUUCUGUUCAUAAACAUCUUUAGUGUCAGUGUUAGACAUUCCUGGCAGAGAUCAUUAUUUUAUACAGUAACACUAUCAAUUUAGAUAUGACUUUGUCUUGUGGUGCUUUUUCGUCAUUGGUUUCUUCCACAAUGUUUUCCUUUUUAAAUUUUGCUUUUAUCAUUUAAAACAUCAUCAGUAGAGGACUAUACCCCGAAAAACCCGAUUCCAAGACCAGGCUCCCGUGCUUAAUCUGUUUAAAAGAAUUCAGAACUUUACCUGCCCUUAAUGGACACUUGAAAUCUCAUGGUGGUGUAAGAUCCUCUCCAAUCCUAAAACAAGUAAGACAUCUUUAUUAUUGUACCUGCACUUUUCUCAUAGUACUUUGACCAUUUGGAGGGGUAGAUUUGUUUCUUGCUUAGCUUGCUGUAUGCCACACAUGGGAAAAAAAAAACUAUCCUACUGGAUUUGAAAAGAUUAGGUUUAUUUAACACCUUCACAAUUGCGUUACUGUAUUGUUUUUUUUUUUUUUAAAUAGUGUACAUUUUUUAUGAAGUCUGAGAUUGAUAGAUAUCACACAAACUUCAGACUAUUUUUAACCUUAGUCUGUUCCUUUACUCUAAGAUUCAAACCACAGAAGAAAAUAACAUAAAACUUACAUUUAUUCCAGUGCCGUAACAGACAUCUCACAACAGCUGCUCCCCCUUACAUUGACCCAUUAGGAUUAGUGACUUUUGUCCAGUCCAGUUAUUCUCAUUUGUCCCGUUAACACCGUUGUUGUGAAUAUAUUGGCAUAAAUGUACACAACAUUAUUUUUUUAUUCAUGCAUUUAUCCUUUAUAGAAAUAUUUGGGAGAUGGGAUGUUUUAUAGAUUAUAGCUGAAAUACCAUUUUCAUCAAAUAAGGUUGUUUUGUCAAAAAAAGAUUAUUUAAAAAAUAUCCAAAUACUCUCCUUUGGGGUAGUUGUAAGCAAUCUGCUGAAUUUGGAGAAAUGCAGAUUCUUAAACAAGAUGCUAUAGUAUGUGUAUGUGGGCAUAAUAUCCAGAUACAUUAAGUCCAGUUACAAAAAUAGUAAAUUUGUGUAAUAGGCGCUUGGCUAGUACAAAAAAUUGUAUUUUAAUGAGUAAUCUGCUACUACCUAUGUGGAAAUAUCACGCAGUGAUUUUAAAACAGAACUUACUCCCCAAGGUUACCAACGAGUUUAGCGUGAGUUUGGGCAUUGACAAAUAAGGUAAACACUUGGGGUGUAUACAAGGAACGAAAUUUGAUUUGCAUUGCAGUAUAAUACCAAAUUACCUUACCCUUCCGCUUCAAUGCCAUAAUUCACCUAAUAGUGAAACUGGUUUCUGUGGGAGGAGUCUAAUCAUUCCCUCUGCACUGGAAAAACAAUCGUGGAAGCUCACUAUCCAUACCCAGCCCGAAGGCAGUCUUUUCCUUAAAAAGCACAGAUUCCUGGUUUUAGCCAGGCAAUUGGACUUACUAUUAAAGAAACCUUUAAUUAGUGAUGUAGAUACCCACCCUAGUAAAAAAGGUAAAGAAUUUGUCACUUACCCUCACUAUAUAGAUGAGGUAUAGUUUUCUAUAAUAAAGAAUACUAAUAUUGUGUAUUAUAUCCAAUAUUGUGCAAAAAGAUGUAUCUCAAUAUUGGUGCACUCACAUUUAACUGAACACACCUACUAAAGUGAUCUGAGCCGGUCUUAAAGGGAAACUCCAGUGCCAGGAAAGCAAUAGGUAGUAGCAGCACUACACAUAGGUAGUAGCAGCUUACUCAUUAAAAUAAUAUUUUUUGUACUAGCCAAGCGCCUAUUACACAAAUUUACUAUUUUUGUAACUGGACUUAAUGUAUCUGGAUAUUAUGCCCACAUACACAUAUUAUAGCAUCGUGCCCAUUGGAGUGGUCUGGGUGCCAACUCCCACUACUCUUAACCCUGCAACUGUAAUUAUUGCAGUUUUUUUAUAAACUGCAAUAAUUACAUUGCAGGGUUAACUCCACCUCUAGUGGCUGUCUACCAGACAGCCACUAGAGGGCACUUCCUGAUUCAUAGCAAAGAUUUUCUUUGCUAGAGCGUCGCUGGACGUCCUCAUGCGUCGCUCAAUUCCCCAUAGGAAAGCAUUGAAAAUCUUUUUCAAUGCUUUCCUAUGGGGAGACCUAAUGCGCGUGCGUGGCGUUGCCGCACAUGCGCAUUAGGUUUCCUCAGCCGGCGGGCGGGAUCAGUUUCGCCCACCGGCUGACGAAAUCACUCUCGCCCACCGGCUGACGGAAUCACUGGGAGGAGCAACGCCGACCCAAAACCACCGUCGAGGGACGUCGACGGGGUCUCAGGUAAGUGACCUGAAGGGGUUCAGCUACCUGGGAUGGGAGGUGGGAGGGAGAGGGUACCUGCAGUGCCAGGGAAACGGAUUGCUUUCCUGGCACUGGAGUCUCCCUUUAAGACCGACUCAGAUCACUUGAGUAGGUGUGUUCAGUUAAAUGUGAGUGCACCAAUAUUGAGAUACAUCUUUUUGCACAAUAUUGGAUAUAUUACACAAUAUUAGUAUUCUUUAUUAUAGGAAACUAUACCUCAUCUAUAUAGUGAGGGUAAGUGACAAAUUCUUUACCUUUUUUACUAGGGUGGGUAUCUACAUCACUAAUUAAAGGUUUUUUUAAUAGUAAGUCCAAUUGCCUGGCUAAAACCAGGAAUCUGUGCUUUUUAAGGAAAAGACUGCCUUCGGGCUGGGUAUGGAUAGUGAGCUUCCACGAUUGUCUUUCCAGUGCAGAGGGAAUGAUUAGACUCCUCCCACAGAAACCAGUUUCACUAUUAGGUGAAUUAUGGCAUUGAAGCGGAAGGGUAAGGUAAUUUGGUAUUAUACUGCAAUGCAAAUCAAACUCCGUUCCUUGUGUACACCCCAAGUGUUUACCUUAUUUGUCAAUGCCCAAACUCACGCUAAACUCGUUGGUAACCUUGGGGAGUAAGUUCUGUUUAAAAUCACUGUGUGAUACCUUGGAUGUCUGCAUCCUUGAUUUAGGUAUAGCUAAACUAAUGUUUCAUUCGUAAUCAUAAAUGCCUCAGCAUUCACCCAUGACCCUCCAAUGGUCUGUAGUCGGUAGCAGACAGUUUGAUCUAUUCCACCAAUAUGAAAAUGUAUCAAAACCAUUGCAUACUUUCUGUAGAUUAAUGCUCAUGGCAUAUAUGUUAUAGCUAUAGAUAUAGAACAAACUUUAUAUUGUUUAAGUGGUGUGAGUAUAAAUGCCAUUUGGUUGCAGCAUUUCAGCUGUUUUAAUAACACAUAACUUAUUCUACUAUACACCUGAACAGCUGAAUUUUAGCUGGUUCUCAACAUAAUAUGCUUCACUCUGCUGAAUCACACCAAGGGACUUGUACCCUUUUAUAUGCCCAGAUGUCAGUAAAUGAGGUUCAACAUGAUUCUUAUUCCCAGCCAGAUCUGUUUCCACUUGUUGAGAGGUGCUGGGCUAUGCUUGGUAGGUAUUGAAGGGCUCUAAGCUGUGUUUGGGGGUCCCUGGUUAUUCUUGUGUCCAAUAUCUGUUACAGUAAUCCAAUAGAGAUCAUUUUCAUAUGAAUCUCAUUUUUGAAUUUGGAAAAUUCCCACUAAGCAGCAAAUUUAGCGAUGAGUCCAAUAUGAAAAUUCUAUGAGUGUUCCAUGAGUGUUUACAUCUGCGGAUCCUGUAUGUUGGGGGCUGAAAGCCUUUAAUUAUCUGUACAGGAUGAAGGAGAGAAGGAGGAGAUUAGUGAGGUGGAUAGCCUCACUCCAAUCGUCAUGCCUGUGUCUGUGCCUGUAAAGCUUGCACCGUCCGAGCCUAACUGCAGCACGGAUAUGGACCAGCCCGAGAGCUGUGUCUCCGAUGAGGAAAUGCCAAUCCUAACCAGGAUGACUUACUCACCGCCAUCCUCCCCCAAGGCGGUCAGCUCAUGUGCAUCUUCUGUGAGUGCUUCUCUCUCUGCUGCUAUCUGUUGCCAUGUUUAACCCAUUUGCUGACAGAAGGACCAAAAGCUCCCACACAAAAUUUAGCAGGGCUAUAAACUGAGCUAUAGUCACAGGUUAUCUAUAUUAGCCUAUAUUUUACAUUUUAGUGUUCAAUUCACUAAAUAUGGGAAUAAAUUUCCAUGUGAUCUGAAUGUUUAUAAAAUGAGUCUAGGUUCUUUCUCGCAGCAAAUGGGGCUUUUGUGUUUUUACUUGUGUAUGGUUUUAUUUGUCUUGUGCUUUUUCACUAUGUUUAAGGGCUUCAGCCCUCUCUCUUACAACCAUUGCCACCAUUUGUUGUGGAGGGUAGGGUAAGGGACCAGAUGAAAUACUGUAACAUGCGUGUUUUGGGAUGGGUUUAUAGAAUGAUGUUUUUCGUUGUUAUUCAUUGGACUGGGAAUUGCAAUUUAUAGAUGCAAACAGCUGAAUUGGAAAGAAUCCUCAAUACAACUAUUUUUCCAGUCUGGCUAUUUUUCCUUGUUAGUUCACAGCAAGUUUUGGUUAGUGACUAACUAACUGGAAAGUUGGGAAAACUGUCCACUUAAUUGCAAAUUUUAGGCAAAAAAAUAACCAAACUAGAAAAUAUUUGGAGAACUGUUCUUUUAUAUGCAUUUCCCCUGUAAAUUCCACACAGUUUGGUUUAGUGAGACCGCUGGGUCGAUAAAGUCAAUUCCCUGCCGCCGUUACUGGUUGACACUUAUAGAUAGCGGUAGCGCUGCCCAAUGUUUAGAUGUAUCAGGCAUAGGAAAUAUACAGACACAAAGUAGUGCCUACUUUGUGUUUGUAUAUCUCUUGACUAGGUUGCAAUUUCAGUGAAAUUGCAACACAGUCAUAAUGAGUAUUUCAUAAAGAUUCUGUCUUUCUGAAAUACCAGUUUUUCAGGGGAAGGUGACAGUGCCACUUUAAGGGAACCAGUCCUUUUUCAGAAUUUUUCAAUAUUCUGUAUACUUAUCGUCUGUAUUUAGUAAAUAUGGUUUUGUAAGGUCUGAAAAUUAAAUUAAAUUAAAUUAAAUGUGGAAACCCACACAUCUAUCCUGGUACUGGGUGCCUCCAUCUUGGCUGCCUCUCAAUGUCACCCUAUUCUGUCAGGGAACAUAGAUAUUGGAAGUGGAGAAACUAAAGCAAUAUUUCUGUUCUCCUACUCAUUUGCAUUGCAUGUUCUAGCUGUGCCUUAGACUGAUCAGGGUAGUGAUGUCAAUUGAUAAAUAUUUAAUAUACAUUUUAAAGAAAAGAGAGGUUCACAAGGUUAUAGACACACUAUAGGCACCCAGACCACUUCAGCUCAUUGAAGUGGUCUGGGUGCAGUGUCCCAGGUCCCUCAGCCCUGCAGUGGUAAUUAUCUGCCAGGGUUAACUCCACCUCUAGGGGCUGUCUACCAGACAGCCACUAGAGGGUCUUCCAGGACGUUAAGCAACUUUUGGUUGCCUCACUGACGCUGGAUGAGGACAUCCAGCGUCACCCGAAACCCCAUAGGAAAACAUUUUAUAAUGCUUUCCAUGGGGGAAAUGUCCUAAUGUGAGCAUGGCCAUUGAGGAGCAAAGGCAAAGCCUGAAUCAGCACAGAGGGGUAUCGGCGCUGGAAUCAGGUAAGUGACAGACAUAUACAAACAACACACAAACCUAUAAAGUGCAGUGCUCCUAUACAAACGGUAUUUACCCUUAAAUUAAGGGAUGGCAGAUACCAUAAGGAUUCCUCAAAUUCCUUAUUCGAGGUUUUAACCCCUUCUGCAUCAUGGAAGGGGGCCCGUGAUGGAAGGGGGCACUAUAGAGAGCUGUAGUGCCAGGAAAACAACUUUGUUUUCCUGGCGCUAUAGUUUCCCUUUAAAUCUUGAAUACCAAAAUAGUGAGUGCAAACCGUGGUUUAAAGAAGAUUUUUUUAAAUUGACUCAAAAUGAACAGCUGACAGUAUUAUUAAUGACAGAAAUGCAGAAUGCCUGAUAUGAAUAAUAUAUGACAUCUCUACUGACCCAACAUGAGAUAUUAGAGAAUUAACUUUAGAGAUUUUUAGCAGGUUUUAGGUGAUGGGGAGAUAUUUGGAGGGGGGGUGCUGUAGGGUAAAAUUUACAUACAGUGUAUCUGUGGUAAUGUUGAAGUCGCAAGUCUGGAGAUGUUAAAGAGAAAUAAAAUGUAAAAAUCACUAGAAACACAUAUCGUGGUUAUUUAUUAAAGUGAGAAUUCAAAAUAAAAUAGCAAAACUGGAAAAAUUAUCUAAAUUAGUUGUGCUUUUAGUUUGUCUACUCUGGCCUUAAAUUUAAAAAAAAAAGCUAAAAGAAUCAGAACCGAAAACAAAGUCUAACUCUUUCAGAGUUCUGGAAAUUGCAGGAAAUAUCCUGAGGAAUAUAUUUUUUCAGUUCUGGUUUAAAUCUGCAAUUUCCCUGGUUGUAUUCCUGACAAUUUAGUGACCUUGCAUAACAAUUCCAGACCUGUGACCUACUAUACCACUAUAUUAGAUUUCCAUCACAGGUAUAUAUACAGCAUUGCUGGGUUCCACAGGUAAGGCUCUAAUGUGACCAUGUACAUGGAAGAUUAUUUAGUUGGAUGGAGAGCAAUUUGUGAAUUUGUUGCAUUUGUAUCUAGGACAUCAUCCGAAAACUUCAGCAGGCUGGGACAAAAUCAAGCCAUCCAGGGGAAAUCCUCAAAACCCAAUCAGAAAAAAGAAAGUAUCAGCACAGGCCAGAGCCACUCUUCAUACCCCCUCCUUCCUUUAAUAUAAAUGCUUCAUAUUCAGGCGCUACACUGUACCAAAGUCAGCUACGCUCUCCCCGUGUCAUCGGGGACCACUCAAUACUCGGAAUGCAGGAGCUUCCCCUGUAUACUCCACCUCCUAUGCUGAGUCCUGCUCGGCAAGGAUCCGGACUGUUCAACAGUGUCAUCACAGCGUCUCACAAUGGUCAUCUUCCUCUCACCCCUCUGACACCCACCCCCAGGGUACUGCUCUGCCAAUCUAGUAAGUAUAUUUAACUGAAUAAGAUAAUUAACUGCAUUAUUCUAUUCUUCGUACUUGUGGUAUCUUGAUGGCCACAUAACAUCCAUCUGUCUUUCAUUGAGAAAUGUGUAUAUUUCAGGCUAGUACAACUGACACCCAUCCUCUGUUGUUUAACUACAGGUCCUGUUCCAUCACUGUAAAUCAGCUGCCACACUCAUUGUGUUUACAAUGUACUAAAUGUUGAACUCAGCAAGACCCAAGCUUUUAAUGUUCCUGCUGAGUUCAGUGCAGCAAUCACUUAUUUACUUUUCCGGAAUGCAUAAAAGGCCAGUAAAUAUGACUAAAUAUAAACUAAUUCUAGCGCACACUGUAUUGUGCCCAGGGCUACCAUGGCCCUGCCCAGAAAGUCCUAAAUAUUAAUGUUAGAAACUCUUAAGGAGUAGAUUUAGCCCUGGAUCAAUUUCAGAAGUCAGACAAUACAGGUGUAGUUGACCAAGAAAUCCCAUUGAUUAUCAUUGUGUUUUAUUUCUUGGCUAAAUGAUACUAAUAUUGGACAUAUGUUCAUGCUGGCUUUAACCUUAAUGUUGUGUGUAAUGUUGCAUGACCUCUUAUCGCAAUACCUUCUGCUUGUUGUUCAGACAAUUUUAAAGAAGGCAGCACUCCCAUAACACCAGGACCUGGAGAGAAGACUAUAAAUGUUGAACCGUAAGAAUUUCUCCCUAAUUCCUUUUAAAAUGUAAUUUAACAGUGCGUAUUAAGGUUUGCAUUUAGCUUGAGUAUGUUCCUUGCGGCAUUUUGAAACUCUUAUGUCUAAAAUGUUUUUUAAAAAACAAAUAAACAAACAUGUAUGGCCAUGGUUUAGACUCUUACUUUUUCUAUAGUUAUUCACUGAGACUUUCCUUGCAAGUGAGUAAGAAUGUGUAUGUGUGUGUGUGUGUGUGUGUUGUUGCAUGUGUAUUAUGUAUGUAUGUAUGUGAGUGAUGUGUUUGUGUAUAUGUUUAUUUACAGCUGCUGGAAACAGAACAAUACACAUUGCUUUUUAAUCUGCUCCAAUGGCUUUCAUUUCUCAGGAGGAUUAAUAUAGGCCCAAGGUUCCAGGCCGAAAUUCCAAAAAUCAAAGGACUGUCGAGUUUAGAAAAGGAACAGCACAAAGCAACUUUAGUUUGGAAACCAUGGGCCGAUCUAGAAACCAGGGAAUCACAACAGAAAGGUUAGCUCCUGCCAUAAUCAUCACAAAUAAAACAUGUAUUCAAUGUGCUAAUAUGUAUUGAAGGGGAAUUCAUAUUAUACACUCAGUCUCUUGUAUAAUAUACAUUGUUAAAAUAUUUUUGACCAUGAUGUAUUCCAGUUAUUUGAUCUACUCGUUUAUCAAAGAUAAAUAUAUUUUAAAUGACCACUGUGGGCACCGUAACAACUUCAGCAUAAUGAAAUAGUUAUAGUGCCAGGAGGUCCAAGGCAAUGGCUUACCUUUAGGGGUUAAACUGUUCACAAAAUAUUCAACCUCAAAGUCUUGAAUCCAAUUCUGUUUUAGCUCUGCCCCUGUUCUUCUGAUUCUUUUCAAUUGUUGAAAGAGUAAGCCUCAGACAGGGACGUCUCUAAUUGGUUGAGAGUGUCAGCUGUCCCUCUAAGCCAAGAAGUAGUUCCCCAUUUACAGAAUGCCUUGAGAAACAUACAUAUUUUUCUCAAGCCGCUUUUAUAAAUUGGGAGCUACUGAUUGGCUUAGCACCCCUGUUCGAAGCUUCCUCUUUAUAAAAUCAGAGAGAAGCGGAAGGACAUGGGGCAAAGGUAAAUGGCGCUAAAUUCAAGACUUUGUGGUAAAACUGUUUGUGAAUGGUUAACGGUAAGCUGGUUGAAGUUGUUAUGGUACCCAAAGAUUCCUUUUAACUUGCUUUAAAAAGUGUAUAACACUGCCUAACACUGCAUUGUGGGUUCCACUAGAUGUUGAAAAUCAUGAAUGCAUUUAUAACAUAAUUUUCAUUAUAUGUGCCAUGUUGGUAUAUAUCAAUAUCUCCCUCAAACCUUGACUUUGUGUCAUAAAAACAUCACUGAGUAAUUUGGAAAGCUUUUAACAAAAAUAUCAUAAGGCCUCUGUGAUUGGACAGGUUCAUAAAUGGGAUAGAACUGAUGUAAGCAAAAAUAGAUGGAUAAGAAAUGAAAAACUAUGACAUUAAAUCCCAUUUAGGUAAUCUCACUCAUGUAGAAAAUGGAACCAUGAUGUAAAACACAAUAAGGGGAGAUAAUUUAAGGUCAACUGUGAGCCAGAAAAAUCUACCUAGGCCUGAAAAAUCAGCUAAAAUUAGCAUGCUUUGAUUCAGUGAGAAAAUUCUCCCUUUAAAAAAGCAAAAAUGGUAAACCCUAUGCUUGAAAUGAUUGAUUGAACUCUGGAGAUUGUAUAUAGGGACACUAUAAGAAAUAUAACCAUUUUAUCUCAUUGAAUUGGUUAAAGUGCCUGCAGUCCUCUGACACUGUCCCUCCAUGUUAAAUCACUUUCUAGCAGUUUGAAACUAAAUAAAGGUCCCUGGCAACCCAUAGCAAUGUCCCCACAGUAGGAAUGGCUUAGGCAGAGAAAAUGUGCUUCCUUAGUCGCACCAAUAAAUACCAGCAUUGUUUGAACAUCUGUGGACUUGAUAAUAAUGCGUUUGUGGUAUCUGGUUCUUCCAUACUUUUCCAAUGAUAUGACAUAUUAUAUAUAUAUAUAUAUAUAUAUAUAUAUAUAUAUACCAUAGCCCUUCCAGAUGUUUGGUUGUGUGCAUGUGUGUGGGAUAGAGUUUGUUCAGAGGGAUCAAAUGUAACAUUUGUCUCUGGUCACCUAAGGUGCAAUAGUACAUCUGAUAUAAGAACAUUCAUAUAUCUCGGUGAUGAUGGACCCACUUUUAGAACAUUGACCUACAAUUGUUGAUUUGAGAGACAAAACAACAUGCCUGGCUGCAGGUGUUUGAUGGCCAGUGUUUAGAUAGUCUUAUAUAGUUUCUAUAUUUAGUUAUAGUGUUUAGAAAAUUCUUAUGACAGAUAUAGUGUUUAGAAAAUUCUUAUUACAGAACUUAAUAAUUAUAUAUCUCAGAAAUAUGUGUCUUUCCCCACAGUGGACGUUUUCCUGAGUAUGUCUUGUUCCAGCGUGAUGCCCGGAGGUGGAACAAAUCUGGAAUAUGCCCUUCACACCCUCUUUCAAGCGAAUGGUAACAUCUUGGUAAGCAUCUACUUAGGCUAUUAAUGGGUACAGAUCAAUGCGUCUAUCUGAGUAUUACCAGAUUGACAGACAUAUCUCUCACAUAGAUUUUCUUGUGCUUAGCUUCCUUAUUAUAAGGCAGUUUCAGUAAAAUAAACAUUUUUGUCACUAUAAGAAUUUUACAGUAUUUAAUAGACAACUAUUUCAUUUCCUGGCUUUCGUUUGUGAUGUGGCUUUUAAAUUUCUAAAAUAUAUUUUGUGUUUUACCAAUGGGCAAGUGGGAUAGUCAACAUUACUACUACACAUUGCAGUGGCUAUGGUGUUUACGCUGACCCUCUUAAGGCCUCCUUUUAAAAUAUGAACUUUACCCACUAAACUGAGAUUGGUGAUUACAAAAUUGUAUAGGAUGGGCAUAUAGAUGAAUUUAGAAGAUGUGAUAAAAUGAAAACCAAAUUUGCUAAUUUUCCUUUAAUAAAAUACAUGGCUUUUUUGGGGGGGUGUAUUUUUGCUUAUUUUUUUAUAUUUUCAUUACCAUGCUGUCAGUAUGUUUAUUAAAAUUCAAUGUGUAUUGUUUGUUUGUAUAUUAGACUGCUUUGGAGAUACUACUUCUGGAAAAAUCUCCAGAACUGAAAUACCGUUCAGUGACAAAUUACCACUAUGCAGGUAUGAUGCAUUCAAUAACUUAGAAUACUUUUGAACUGUUUUAUUAUUUGCACAGGCUGUACAUCACUGUUUCUUAAUAGAGGCAGGCAUAUCCACAUUUUAAAGAGACAUGCCAGAGUUCUAUUCUAAAUGUAAUAUGAAGACAAUGUAUAAUGCAAUUUUAUUUAAAAAAAAAAAAAAAAGCAAUGAAUUUAAUACACCCCUCCCCAUUUAGUGGCACUUGCACAUGUGCUUAAAGGUUCUGGUGUAUUUUUUCCCCUUAAAACCUCGUGGGAAAGAGAGAGCCCAAGUUUUCUGAUACAAAGCCUUGGUAUAAUGGACUGUGGCCGGUAACUUUUUUAUUAUUUGCAUUUGCCAGUAACGACCCAGCGUCUAAGUCAAAUGGUCUAAUACACGUUCUACAUGAAAAUAUUUUUAGACCAUUCCCUCUUAAAUUUCUGGCAGGUGCAAAAACGUUAUUAUCGGCUCUAAUACCUUAUAUUAAAUAUUCUCCCAGAGAUCAUUCUGUUUUAUCAGAAAUCAGAGACGGAGCGAACUCUAAGAGUUAUUGGCUAAACUCCAAAUUAAAAUCUGAGUGUGAAAUAUGGGCUAAAAUAUCUGAUUUGGACACAUUUUCCUAAUGUGGUGAUAGGCAUAGCUUGAGUAUUAUAGCGUACAUAUUGUCAUUUGUAUUUCAAGUCUCUACAGUUUGGAAUUCAGUGAACAUCCCAUUGUCAGUCAAUCCUAUUUCUCCAUGAAAGCUGUACAUUGUGCAGGAGAUGCUGAGGUGUGGGUCUCUUCUUUCUGGGUUGUGUUGUUUUUUGUAACCAAAAAAGAAAUCAAUGCAGCGCCUAAUCAUAAUGAUAUAGAUGUAAAUAUAUAUAUUUUUUAUUCUUUAUUUUUCGUGCAUAUAGAAAACAUAGUAGCAAGCAAUGCCACGACAGCUCUUGCCCGCUUAAGCAUCAACAAUCAAAGCAAUGAUGGGCAUCUGUGAACAAUACACAUUUUACUUUAAAAUUUAUGAUAUGAGAGACAUAUGUGGAGAUCAGCCAUUGUACCCUGUGUGAGUGUGUUGGCAGUGUUAAGUUCUGUGUAGGUGUUGACCACAUCUGGGAUCACCCAUUGCCUAGCAGUUGUGUGAGUGUGCGUUGUAGUGGGUUUGUCCAUGAACUGGCAUGGGGAGGAGUUAGAGUUCUAGGAGGAUACUCGAGUGUGGUUGGGCGAUAUAGGUGAGAGCCAUCGCUUGGUCACGUAGUGUGGAAGCUUUUGUUUGUUUGUAAGUAACUCGUUAUGCUUGCAUAGGGGAUUGUUAGGGUAUGUGUGGCAGAUCCUACUAGCAGUCAGAUGGACCACGCUAGAGGAUUAAAGGUACCAACAAGGAAAUAAAAUUAAAGGUACAACCAAUAUAAAACUGCUGCUAGAAACAUAAGGAAUAUUAAAAAUAAAAUAGAUUAUAGCAGUCUCAAACUGUACUGGAUAUGUUCAUUGUGGAUGGUGGAAUGCAAUGUCCCCUUAAUCUGCGUGACCUUUAGUGCUUCAGGUGGGGUGCCUGGCAGGCGAUGCUCUCUCGGGGUGAACUCCCGUAUGUUAGCGGGGUUUAGCCGGGACAGUCCUGUUCCUUUUGUUGGUGCCGCUUGCAGUAUGCCCGCUGAUGUAAGAAGUGACUCCAGUUCCUUAUAGCUUUGGGCUGUGUGGGUAGUCCCGUCGUGGGUGAAAAAUACAACUCGCGAUGUUCCCCAUCGGUAGGGAGUCUCCCUGGGACGCAGGUGGUGUAGGAGCAGUUGCAAUGAUUUCCGCCAGGUAAGGGUGCUCAUGGUGAGGUCUGGAAAAAUUUUCAGUUUUUGCGCCCUCGAACAUCAAGGAUGUUUUAUCCUUUAAUGCAGCCAGGAGUGAGACUUUAUCCGAUAGUGACUGGAACCGCAAAAUGAGGUCCGCGGUUGCGGCUGCAGGAGCCCGGGCUGGCUUUGGCAACCCGUCCAACUUCAGGGAUUUCACCUGUUUUGGUGGGAGCACGAAACCGAGGAAACGCCUGACAUAGUUCAGUGGGGUCGACCGAUUUUCACGUUGUAUCGUCUUCUCUGGUCCUCUAGUGCGUCUAGCCGGUCUGUUGUAGCGUUUUGCCGUUCCUCCAGGUCUGCCAUUCGUUGUUCGACCUUGGUUAGUGGAGUCAUGGCUGCUCAAGCAGGCCUCCAGAUGGAUGAUUUUGGACUCUGCUCCUUCCAUGGCCUCUUUAUAGUAGGCCAUGUCUGCCGCCAGAUCCUUGCGUAGCUUCGCCAACAUUUUUUUAAUUUGAUCAGCAGUGACCGGGUCCCCUGUUGUCUUGGAUUCAGUGCUGUGGUCCGGCGUGAGUCUGAAUGACGCUUCUUCCAUGAGGUCCAUGGCAAACUCCUCCGAGGAGUACGAGGAGAAGUCGUCCGCCAGCGCCAUUUUAGACCAUGCAGGCUGUUGCGUGUUCCACAGCAUGUCUCCAAUGUCCCUGCUGUGGGUGCAUUUUUCCGCUUUUGCCUUCUUUGUUUUUUGGCCCAUGUUCUACCUGUCGUCGGUAGUGUGGUUUGUGGGGUCUUUUGGGCUCAGAUUCCAACAUACAGGGGUUCGUUAGAGUACAUUUGAGUCGGGGCUCCUAGAGGUGCGACCGCUCCGUUGUGUUGCUAGCUCCGCCCCCGCAGAUGUAAAUAUUUUUAUACGGCAUAUUUACCUAUAUAAGGUUUUAAGGGUUAGAAACCUGUCUUUUUUUCUUUAGUUAACUCUUCAAGCUGUUAGACAAAAUUUUUAAUCCAAGAUGCAAGUGUGUAUCACAGUUCUAUCAUGCAGAAUAUUUGCUCUAUGCAUUCUCACCCUUUAUACUCCUGAAAUAUCUAUUAAACUCAUUUCAGAUAGAUCUGCAGGCUUAUAUAGAGCAAUAGCCAGUUAUUGCCUCAAAGUGGACUUUAGUGCUCCCUUCAUGAGCCUGACCCAGCCUUCCAUUAUUAGAACUCUCCCCCCUUCUCAGUGGUACCAAAACAGUAGAAUCCCUUAUUUUGCAUUUAAAGGAUGGAAAUGAUGGGUCUUUAUUUCUAUUCCAAUGAAACCCUAUAGCCUCCUGCUUUCUGGGGCCAUUGAUUUGAUUCUGAAAGGCACGCUCUCCCAGUGAAGGUACAUUGUGGUAUUCUGUGAAAGUAUGAUUGUGGAAACAUUGCAUUUCUUAAUUGCUUUGUGGUCAGUGACAAUGACAUGGUCUGGUUUAAAAACUUGAUUUAUAAGCCACAGCAAACACGUUAUGAAACCGUUCAGCUUUAACGAUCUGACAGAUUUUUAUAUGAAAUCACUGGAUUUAGUAGAUGAAAUUUAAAAAAAAAAAUAACCCUCUGAGUGACAGAAUGGCAAGCAGCACAUUGCUUAGUACUUAUGAUGAUUAAAUAUGCUAGUGUCGAAUUUGAUCUGGCUGUCAUUUUAUGGUUAAUAGGCAGUGUGCUUUAAUCAGAUUAAUUUAACAAGAUGCAUGUAGCCACGUUUAGCUUCCUGACUUCCUGAAUUUAGUCGCAUAUGUUGGAUUUUUUUUUUAUAUUUCCCCUGAUUUGUUAAUAUUGAUUUUUUUAGUGUGUUGGUAAUAUCUAAUGAUAUUACCAACACACUAAUAUCACUGUAAAAAUGUAUCUGAAUGCAUACAUGAAAAUCACUGUAAAAAUGUAUCUGAAUGUAGGAUAUAUAAAAAAAAAUGUUAGGGGGCAAUAUGUAUUUUUAAAAACUAAAAAGGAAAUGUUUGGGCUUUAUAUGACAUAUUAUAUUUUUUCUAGUCUAGAUUUUGGUUCAGAAAUCUAAUAUAGCAUUGAUGCUAUUUCAUUUGUUAAGAUAAUUGGAAGUAAAGGAAAUGAGUAAGGGGGGCUUAAGGGGUAGAAAUGAGUAAGGCGGGUUAAGGUGUUAGGUGUUGAAAUGAGUAAGGGAGGUUAAGGUGUUAAGAUGAGUAAGGAAGGUUAAGGUGCUGAAAUGAGUAAGAAAGGUUAAAGGGACGCUCCCAACCCCUAAAGUAGCUUGCGCAAAUACUUUGUGUGAAAAGUGUGUCCACUUCUUUUCAUUUUACAGAAAGUGCAGAUUUCAAUAGAAAUCAACAAUUUUAUGAAUUAACCUUGUUACACCCCUCAACCAGACAACCUGUUACUUCCGCAGAUUAGCGGACCCGGAAAACAGAUGUUAUCAGUGGGGGAUCAGUGCACCCCUUAAUACCCAUGGAUCUGGUCAGUCCCCAGAAAAACGGCAGCAGCGCCUUUCCUCCCACGUUCUCUGGGAUUCUAGUGAGGCUACUGCUUAACCUAAAGUGUUGGACCUGCUGGGUGAGCCCCUUAAUCUGGCACUGUGCUUCCUGUAGUUGACUGUCUCCAUCACUUCUACUGCUGUAAUCUUUUGAUGGAUCACUCCAAUUUCGGCUUGGGCCUCCCAAAGGUCGGCCUUUCAGAAUUCUCUCAGAUCGAUUAGGAGCCUCUUGAUGUCACCUUUGGUGGAUGGAGUUGGGUCUUCAUCCGACUCAGAGGACUGGUACCCUCCACGUGCUCGUAGAGAGGCAAGUAAUUCUUCCUCCUUGUGAGAAUUCUCAGAGGCUUCCAGGUUACUACGGGCGUCAGGUGCCAUCUUAGGCAGUGCUGGUGGUGUAGGCCUCUCGAAAGAGAGUCUGAUAUCUGGUAGGCGAAGGUUUUCAGAGUGAGUUUACUUCUUCUUGUGCCCCAUUGUGUCAUUUGUAGUGGGUUGUGAGUAUUUUAGUCUGAGACUGGAUAUUAUUGAGGCCUGAGUUGUUUUAUUGUGGGGUCACAUCGGAGCCUCGUGGAUAGACGUCUGGUUAGGUGCUCAGCUGGUCACGUCCCCAAGGUUUAAUUUUUUAUGCUUAUAAAGUAUAGUGUAUAAUUCCUGCUUUUACAGAGCAUUGAUUUCUCCAAUCACAGGUACUGUGUUACAUUUCUCUAAAAUGUGUAAUUUUACCCAAGAGCAAGGUGUUCUCAAAACAACAUUCUUGUACAGUUUGCCUGUGAUUUAAGCUGUGAUAUUACAUAGAUAUUACAUAGUUACAUAGCUGAAAAGAGACUUGUGUCCAUCAAGUUCCGCCUUCCUCACAUAUGUUGUUGCUGUUGAUCCAAAAGAAGGCAAAAAACCUAGUCUGAAGCGCUUCCAAUUUUGCCACAAACUAGGAAAAAAUUCCUUCUUGACUCCAAAAUAGCAGUCAGAUGUCUCUUUGGAUCAAGCAGCUAUUACCCCACUAAUUAGAAAUUAUAUCCCCGUAUGUUAUGUUUUUGUAAGUAUUUAUCGAAUUGCAGUUUAAACCUCUGUAGUGACUCUGACAAAACCACCUCUUCAGGCAGAGAAUUCCAUAUCCUUAUUGUUCUUACUGUAAAAAAACCUUUUCUUUUCCUUAGAUUAAAUCUCCUUUCUUCCAGCCCAAAUGUGUGACCUCGUGUCCUAUGUAUAGCCCUGUUUAUGAAUAGAUUUCCAGAUAAAGGUUUGUACUGGCCCCGAAUAUAUUUGUAUAAAGUUAUCAUAUCCCCUCUCAGGCGCCGUUUUUCCAAACUAAACAGAUUUAAUUUUUUUAACCUUUCAUCAUAACUAAAAUGCUCCAUUCCUUUUCUCAAUUUUGUAGCUCGUCUCUGGACUUUUUCUAGUGCCAUGAUAUCUUUCUUUAGAACAGGCGCCCAAAAUUGCACAGCAUAUUCAAGGUGUGGUCUUUCCAGCGAUUUAUAAAGAGGCAAAAUUAUAUUUUCAUCCUGAGAAUUUAUGCCCCUAUUUAUACAUGACAAAACCUUACUGGCCUUAGCAACUGCAGAUUGACAUUGCAUAUUGCUGCCUAAUUUGUUAUCUAUAACAAUUCCCAAAUCCUUCUCGUGUGUGGUUAUCCCUAAUUCCCUACCAUUUAGUGUGUAAGUUGCUUGUGCAUUCUUUUUUUUAAUUUUACAAUUUUUAUUGGUUUUGCUAGUGGUACAGAAGAGAAAUUGGGUGGAGGGGGGUGCAUGAGUUGCAGUCAUCAAACAUUUUAAGGACAUCAAUACAGCAUCAAGUGCGGCAUUCAAUGUACAACAUUGCCGUUUCAUCUUCCUGGUGAGCAAUUGUUCAGUAACAAUAGGGAAAAAAGGAGGGGGGGGAGAGGAUGAGGGAACAUAAAUUAAUUGCGAAGGGAGGGGGGAGGGAAGAAGGGAGGAAGGUUCAAGGGGGAACAUCCAGAUAUUAUUUUAUCUUGAGUCGCCUUUCGGUGAUGCUUAUUUGGCCCUUAUGCAUUCCCCUUAUACAGGGAGUGCAGAAUUAUUAGGCAAAUGAGUAUUUUGACCACAUCAUCCUCUUUAUGCAUGUUGUCUUACUCCAAGCUGUAUGGGCUCGAAAGCCUACUACCAAUUAAGCAUUUUAGGUGAUGUGCAUCUCUGUAAUGAGAAGGGGUGUGGUUUAAUGACAUCAACACCCUAUAUCAGGUGUGCAUAAUUAUUAGGCAACUUCCUUUCCUUUGGCAAAAUGGGUCAAAAGAAGGACUUGACAGGCUCAGAAAAGUCAAAAAUAGUGAGAUAUCUUGCAGAGGGAUGCAGCACUCUUAAAAUUGCAAAGCUUCUGAAGCGUGAUCAUCGAACAAUCAAGCGUUUCAUUCAAAAUAGUCAACAGGGUCGCAAGAAGCGUGUGGAAAAACCAAGGCGCAAAAUAACUGCCCAUGAACUGAGAAAAGUCAAGCGUGCAGCUGCCACAAUGCCACUUGCCACCAGUUUGGCCAUAUUUCAGAGCUGCAACAUCACUGGAGUGCCCAAAAGCACAAGGUGUGCAAUACUCAGAGACAUGGCCAAGGUAAGAAAGGCUGAAAGACGACCACCACUGAACAAGACACACAAGCUGAAACGUCAAGACUGGGCCAAGAAAUAUCUCAAGACUGAUUUUUCUAAGGUUUUAUGGACUGAUGAAAUGAGAGUGAGUCUUGAUGGGCCAGAUGGAUGGGCCCGUGGCUGGAUUGGUAAAGGGCAGAGAGCUCCAGUCCGACUCAGACGCCAGCAAGGUGGAGGUGGAGUACUGGUUUGGGCUGGUAUCAUCAAAGAUGAGCUUGUGGGGCCUUUUCGGGUUGAGGAUGGAGUCAAGCUCAACUCCCAGUCCUACUGCCAGUUCCUGGAAGACACCUUCUUCAAGCAGUGGUACAGGAAGAAGUCUGCAUCCUUCAAGAAAAACAUGAUUUUCAUGCAGGACAAUGCUCCAUCACACGCGUCCAAGUACUCCACAGCGUGGCUGGCAAGAAAGGGUAUAAAAGAAGAAAAUCUAAUGACAUGGCCUCCUUGUUCACCUGAUCUGAACCCCAUUGAGAACCUGUGGUCCAUCAUCAAAUGUGAGAUUUACAAGGAGGGAAAACAGUACACCUCUCUGAACAGUGUCUGGGAGGCUGUGGUUGCUGCUGCACGCAAUGUUGAUGGUGAACAGAUCAAAACACUGACAGAAUCCAUGGAUGGCAGGCUUUUGAGUGUCCUUGCAAAGAAAGGUGGCUAUAUUGUUCACUGAUUUGUUUUUGUUUUGUUUUUGAAUGUCAGAAAUGUAUAUUUGUGAAUGUUGAGAUGUUAUCUUGGUUUCACUGGUAAUAAUAAAUAAUUGAAAUGGGUAUAUAUUUGUUUUUUGUUAAGUUGCCUAAUAAUUAUGCACAGUAAUAGUCACCUGCACACACAGAUAUCCCCCUAACAUAGCUAUAACUAAAAACAAACUAAAAACUACUUCCAAAAUAUUCAGCUUUGAUAUUAAUGAGUUUUUUGGGUUCAUUGAGAACAUGGUUGUUGUUCAAUAAUAAAAUUAAUCCUCAAAAAUACAACUUGCCUAAUAAUUCUGCACUCCCUGUAGUUUUAGAGCCAUUGUUCUCAAUGGCCGUAUCUCGGCCUAUCCUCCUUGGUAUUUCCUGCCUGUACGCUCUUCUGGACUUUAUCGGGAAGCGUGGUCCUGCACCCUGGCUCUUUUCUUUUUACAAGUUCAAAACUGGAAACUAUACAACUACGGCAGUCACCUCUCCCUAUGUGUUUCACUCCCCCUCCCUGCCCACUCUCAAUACCCAUUGCGCAUGGGCCAAGUUGGCAUAUUUGUUUGAGGGACUUUGCCUGUUCAAUCCCUUUUCGUAUAUCAGAUUCGUAGUAAUUUGUUGAAUCAGGGCCUCUCUAGUGGGUGUGUGAUCUUGCUUCCAUGCCCUAGCUAUUAGGGUAUUUGCUGAUAUGAGGAUAUGAAAUAGUAAACGUGAGUCUGUGAUGUUAAGCUCUUCCAACCCCAUAAACAGGAGUCCGCACUCCGGUGUAAGUGUGAGUUCUCUGACUAGGGCCAAUCUCGCUACUUCCUCAACUUCCCUCCAGUAUAUUGCUACUUUCGGACACGUCCACCACAUAUGAUACAUUGUUCCCCUGUCUCCCGCAUACACUAGAGGUAUUUUGGUAAAUCUUUGCCAAUCGCUCCGGUACCAUGUACCAACAGUAUUGGAUCUUGCGCAUUUGUUCCAAGUGAGAGGCACAAUUCGUCCUCUUCUUGUGCGCUAAGAAUGCUUUUCCCCACUGUUGUUCAGUGAAGGUUUUUCCUAUAUCCACCUGCCCAGCUUCCUUAAAUUUGUCUGGGGGGUCUGUGUGCGGUCUGUGUAGCUUCAUGGGCUGUUUUGUAGCUGUACACAUCUGUUCGAUGUGUUUUGCGUUGGCCGUUGCAGUGGUAAUGUUAGAUCCCUGUAGCAUGGAUUUUAGCUGUAGGUAUUGAAAAAUGGUGUUGUGUGGUAGCGUGUAUUUCCUUUGUAUGUCUGGGAAGUCAAAUAGUUUGUCUUUGUCAUAUAGGUGGCCUACCCUGUUGCACCUCCGGCUUAUCCAGGGUCUAUAGUCAAAGGCUGGGUUUGCCAGAUGUAGGCUGUAUAGGGGGGUCGCUUGCGCCCACCCCCGUCUUGUCCCGAUUGUUUUGUGGCCGUGUCCCAUACCUUCAAUAAGAGUUGUGUCGUGGGUGGCACAUCCUGGUGAAUUUUCCUGUGUCUGUGAGGUAUCCAAAACAGAUAUUUCAAGCCCUUGGGACAUGCCCAAAGGCCUCCAUGUCUACCGACUGCGGUACUUCCUCACUGGCAUGUGUUUGUAUAGCAGUGGCCAGGAUAGCCGCCUUAUAGUACUGCCGAAUGUCCGGCAUUCCCAGGCCUCCAUUUGCCUGCUGCCUGCACAGCACUUUCGCUGCCAGUCUUACUUUUCGAUGGGCCCAUAUGAAGCUCGUAAAGAGCUUGUGUAGGUUAUCUAGGUAGCUUUUUGGUACGUGGAUUUGUAGGGUUCUUAUGAAAUAUUGGAAUUUCGGCAGCACUAUCAUUUUUACUGUGGCCAUCCUUCCAAGCCACGACAGGAACUUGCCUUCCCACCCCUUCAGUGUGUUUGCUAUAGACUUCAGCAAUGGGUCAUAGUUCGCGGCUAUGAGGUUUCUCUGAUUUUUUGUAAUAUUGAUUCCUAAGAAAGUUAAAUGGUCUUGUCUCCAAUCUAGUGUGAAUGACCUCUGUAGAAGGUCUAGUGUGCCUGCCGUGAUAGCCACCCCCAUGGCCUGUGUCUUUGUAAUGUUGAGUUUGUAAUAUGAGUGGGUUCCAUAUGUAGUUAUCUCUUUCAAUAGGUUGGGGAGGGAGAUCUGGGGUUGGGUAAGUGUCAGCAGGACGUCAUCUGCAAAUAGGUUGGUAGUAUAUUCUCGUUCAUUGAUCCUGACGCCAUGUAUGUUUGGGUUAUUUCUUAUCUUCACUGCCAACAGUUCUAGGGCUAGAACAUAUAGCAGGCGCGACAAGGGGCACCCCUGUCUGGUGCCAUUGGAUAGUGUUAUUGGCUCUGAGAGGAACACUGAGUUAAGCACCUGGGCCCUUGGCGAGCUAUACAGGGCUUCCACUACUGAAACAAACCCUUCCGGGAUGUCAAACUUGCUCAACACUGCACGCAGAAAUUGCCAGUUUAGGCGAUCAAAGGCCUUCUCUACGUCCAGGGAGACCAUCAGCCCCCCUUGCUUCUGUUUCCUAGCAUUGUCCGACCCCUGCCUCCCCUUGACGAAGCCUACUUGAUCGCUGUGGAUAAUCGUUGGCAAUAUUGACCCCAACCGUAGUGCGUAUGUUUUGGCCAAGAUUUUAACGUCGGUGUUCAGUAGGGAUAUGGGCCUAAAGUUCUGUGGGGUUGUGGGUGGCUUCCCUGGUUUAGGUAGGGUAACUAUGUGCGCAGUUAACAUCUCAGGGGGUAAAGCUCUGUGUGCAGUGGCCUGUGUGUAAGCUUUGACUAAGUAUGGUGGCGCUGAACUUCUUAUAGUACAUGUUGUCUACCGCGUCAGGUCCCGGGGCCUUGCCCGAUGGUAGGGUCUUUAUUACAUUCCUUAUUUCCUCUUCACAUAGUGGUUUUGUGAGUUCCAACUGCUGUUGGGCAGUGAGUCGGGGCAGGUGUGUGUCUUUCAGAUACAUCUGUAUAUCCCUCUCUAUUGGUUGCGGGGUUGUGGGGUCUAGUCGCAGAUUGUACAAUUUGGCAUAAUAAUGCGCAAACUCAUCACUAAUGGCUUUUGGAGUGGUCAGUUUCAGGCCUGUGUGUGAGGUGAGGUAGGCUAUCUUUUGUGAGACUUGUCGUGUCUUAAGUCUGUGCGCUAGUAGUUUGCUAGCUUUGCUGCCUUGGGCAUAUUGUUGUAGCUUCAGGCGUUUCAGGUUGUGUUCUGUGCGUUCUAGUGCUUGUGUGUGCAGACUCCUAGUGAUUUGGAUUAUGCGUCGGCGUCUGUCAUCCGUGGGGGAGAGUUGGUUCUCCAGAUUUAAGUCAUAGAGUUCUUUUUGUAGCUCAAGUGUUAGUUUUUGUGUCUGUUUUCGGAGGUAUGAGGCCCGACAUAUCAGUAGUCCUCGUACCACAGGCUUAUGGGCCAUCCAGACCGUUGUAGCCGACACAUCAGGCGUCUCAUUUUCCGCAAAGUACUGUUUCAUUUGUGUGGUCAGGUCGGCCACAAACUGCGGAUUGAGAAGAAGAGAAUCACUGAUUCUCCAUGGGCUGCGGUGUUUGAAGUCGUAUAGGUCUUUCAUUUCCAGAAGUACUGGCGCGUGAUCUGACCAUGUAAUAUGUGCUAUGUUACAGUUUAGGAUUUGAUUGAGGUGGAGGAGAAAUCCAUCUAUUCUAGAGUAUGAGUUGUGGACGGGUGAAAAGUGCGUAUAUGCCUUCUCCGAGGGGUGUGUGAUUCUCCAUGUAUCCUAGUAGUGGUAUGUGUGUAAUAGGGUCUAGAGGUCCUUGCCCUGGCGUCUGAGGGUUUUAUAUCGGCCACUAGAUCGGCGUAUGGUUGAGUCCAUGGUCGGGUCAAAAAUGUGGUUAAAGUCACCGCAAAUGAGUGUUAUACCUUGUUGUAUAGGCGCCAGGGUUUGAAAUAUUUUGUGUAGGAAGUUUCUCUUGUUUUGAUUGGGCGCGUAUAUACUCGCAAUGGUGUACUCUAUGUCAUUGAUCGUUCCCACUAUCACCACGUAUCUGCCCAAUUGAUCUAUGUGUUGUGAUUUUAGAGAGAAGGAGACAUGUCUACUUAUCAGGAUAGAAGUACCUUUAGCUUUAGUCGAGGAAGUAGAGUGGAAUUGGUGUGGAUAUUCCAGCUCCAUAAUCUUUGGGUGGUCCUUGGUACGGAAGUGGGUCUCCUGCAGGCACACCACUUCUGCGCAUUGUUUUUUGAGCUCUCGGUUUAUAAGUGUCUUUUAGUCGGGAUAUUCAAUUCUCUCAUGUUAUGUGUGUAUAUUUUCAUGUAGGGUCAGACAUGUAGGGUUGUGCUGUGUAUUGCGAGUGUUUGUUGGUUGCGGGAUCGCACGCUCCUCCCAGUGCUAUCAAGCGGAGCGAGUCCACCCCUAGGGUCUGUAGUGACCUCCCACAGGUGCCCUGGUAGUUAGAGGUUCGUAAUUGCACUCCACUUUGGAUGAUAGUGUGCGCACUAUUAUGAUUGUUAGAAGUGAGACCACCCACUUGGUCCCAAUCCCAAUCCCCAGCGGUGCGGGCAACAGGCCACCUCCCACUGAGUACCGUAACACGAAAAUAUAACCAAACAACAAAGAAAGUAUUUACAAAGUUGAACCUAUGUGCCCUGUUUGUGGCUUGGCACUUCAUCCAAGUGCCUUGGGGGUAGAAGCUUAGUGCUCCUCUGCCUGGGGGGUACAUGCGCUGCGCGCCGGGCCUUUUUGUCUGUGGCAGUAUGUACCUUUAAUUGCGUUUUAAAUGUUUAGUUUAACUUUAGAUUUAUUUUUUUUAGAUAUUUGUAGUAACGUAGUUGACCCCUAUUCUAGGUGUCGGGGUUCGAUGUGGUUGCCUCUUUUGGAUCCUAAUCCCUUUAAUGCUCAGAGUUAUCUCUUAUAUCUGCACCCUGGUGCUUUACCCGCCCUGCUUAUAGUUCAAUCCAUGAGGGAAUUAGCUAGGUAUGGACAAGCCCUUGGGUAAAGUCUGUGGCUUUAGGCCCUCUCAGGCACCACUGGUCUACAGUCUAUGUGCGUUUCACUUGUUUCCAAUCCGGUGUUAACCUUCUUGGCUCUUUAGACCGGUUGUUCUGGUGUUCUCUUUCUAUACCCCAUUCUCUCAGGGCGUCAGCCCCUUCCUCUGGAGUUGCUAUUACCAUGGUCUUCCCUGCUCUCUGCACCAGCAGCUUAACUGGAUAUCCCCAGCGGUAUAGUAUGCGUGUUCUCUAAGCGCUGCAGUGAUGUCCUGGAAUUCUCUCCUCUUUUGAAAAGUGUAUGCGUAGACAUCCGCGAAUAGCAUGAUGCUGCGGUACUGCUCUGGUAAGUCCUUGCGUGUUCUACUGCUCUUCAGAAUAGCCUCUUUGGUGUGAUAGUAGUGCAUGCGCACCAGUAUGUCCCUGGGUGCAUCUUGGGGCAGAAACUUAGGUCUCGCCGUCCUUUGGACGCGGUCAAAGAGGAGCAUAUAUUGUGGGAUGUCUGGCACUAAUGCUUUGAGGAAGGCCGUGACAUGUGCUGGCAGGUCAGUUAUGCCCACAGAUUCCGUCACCCCCCGCAUCCGCAGGUUGUUACGGCGGCUUCUGUCUUCUAUAUCUGCCAAUUUUACCUCCUGUGUUGUGAGACGUUCUGCCAUUUGCUACAGUCGAUCUGCCAGUUCAUUAUGCGCUUCCACAGCGUCGGCCAUUUUCUCCUCAAUUCUAGAGGUCCUGGAGCCGAGAUCUAUGAGUUCCUUGCACAGAUCACCUAUGGAGGUUUGUACACUUUUCAUUAUUUUGAUCGACAUCCCAUCUAACAUGCUUUGCAUUAUUGCCUGGGUUAGAGGCCCUUGAUCAUUGGGCGCACAGUGAUCUGCCUCAUUACUAACUUUGGCGCCACCCUGAUUGCCCGCCGGCUGAGAGGAUUCUUAACCCCGAAGUGCAUAACUUUGCAUUUCUCUACGUUAAAUUUAAUCUGCCAUUUUAGUGCCCAGUCCCCCAAUCUAUCCAAAUCCCUCUGCAGCAAAGCAAUAUCCUGCUCACAUUUUAUUACUUUACAAAGUUUUGUGUCAUCUGCAAACACUGAUACGUGGCUUUCAAUGCCUAUUUCAAGAUCAUUUAUAAAUAUGUUAAAUAGAAGUGGUCCCAAAACAGAACCCUGAGGGACACCACUUACCACUUUUGACCAGCCUGAAAAUUUACCAUUAAUUACAACUCGUUGUACUCUAUCCUUAAGCCAAUGUUCUACCCAAGAACAAGAAUAUUCAUCUAGACCAAUUUCUUUUAGUUUGAAGACUAACCUAUUGUGAGGAACCGUAUCAAAUGCCUUGGCAAAGUCCAAGUAGAUCACAUCCACUGUAACACCCUGAUCUAUACUUCUACUUACUUCUUCGUAGAAUGCAAUUAGGUUAGUUUGACAUGACCUAUGUUUCAUAAAACCAUGCUGAUUAUUGCUAAUAACAAAGUUCUUCCCAAUGAAUUCCUGAAUAUUAUCACUUAAUAGGCGUUCAAAUAUUUUCCCAGUUACAGACGUUAAGCUCACAGGUCUAUAAUUUCCAGGCAAGGAUUUUGAAUCCUUUUUAAAUAUAGGCAGUAGCGGGUGUUGCACGAUUUGGAAUGUGAGUGGACAAGCUUGAGGUGGGCUUUCUUCCCCUUUGCCUUCUUACCAUCAAGAGCUUUUCGCGGCUACCGUUUAGUGCCAACCAUUGAGUGUUGUUGGGAGGCAAGCUCAGCCGCAUGACAUCACUCCGCUGCUUCUCCGUCACUUGGCAGGGUUUUUUUGCCCUCAGACCUUUGCCGGGGUGGUGGUCUUGCUCAGAAGCCCGGUCUUCCGGCGGAGCAGAUGUUGCAGGGAUACGGGUUCAGUUCUGAAUGUGAACCCAAAACUCCUGGCAUAUCAUUAUUAUUAAAACAAACAUUGAAGCGUGCCUGCCAGCACUGGCUCUCCAAGCCUUCAGGAGACAGUGUAGCCCAUGCACGGCGACCAUCUUAGGCUUGCCACAUGGUGCUGUUGUGUUCAGGUCGAUGGGAGACUCUGCUGGUGCAUGGAGGGUAGUUCCCUCAGCAGGGUCCAGAGGGGGGGUUGCAGGGCUUCAUGUUUGAUGCGGGUCCAGUGGUGGGAGAUCGGCCGCACCCCCCACUCACCGGGCCGUCAGGCGUGGUAGGCUGCGCGGUCAGACAUUGCGUGUACUCAGCUAAAGCCUUUAUAAUCAGGUGUGCUUGAAGUGUUCCCUCUCACAGUGCCCAUUUGCUGCUCACUUAAGGCUGUGCUCUCUGUGGUAUUGGGCAUUAAUAGCCUAUAUUUAGCUUGGUUGGGCAGGAGCUGAGAUGAAACAUGUCUGGCCAUCUUGGCUGUCAGGCCCCGCCCACCUACUGGUAGCAUUUUUAAUGUAAUUUUUGGUUGUUAACUUGCGAUCUGUCUGUUUUGGUUUGUUUGCAACUUUAUUAGUGUUUCUCUAAGGUAAAGGGUAAUUCAACAUGGAACCCUUUGUUUACUAUAGACAGUGGGGUAUCCGUAGCACCUCAUUGAUUACACCCACCACGGUCAAAUCAUCAUCGGUUGUUGAAUUUCUUGAGCAAAAGGAUCUGGUCAGCAAAUAAAGUUGGAACUACCUUUGUUGGAAUUAUUCUGAUAUGCAAAUUGUUUAAGUUCUUUCUUUAAUUGCACAAGUGAGCUAAAACUAGCUAGACAGGGCAAGCCAUUUAAAUGUUGUCUGUUUUGCUUUACUUUAAUUUACUUUUACUAAUACGUUUUUUUUUUUUUUGGUUGUUUUUUUUAUUGAAACAGGUACUUGAAAAAAAUAUAAAUAAAAAAAUAGUUCCAUGAAACACAACAAUAUGUUUCUUUAGAAUCAGGAGUAAUUAUCUGUGUAUAAAACAGUGAUCCAUCACAGCAGAUAUAUAUAUAUGGCUUAUGCAAUGUAUGAUCAUAUAAUGUAAAUGUAAAAUCUGUCAGCAUUGAAGUUGCUGUUUAGUGGAUAAGUGAGUGCGCUGGAUCUUGUGUAUUGUAUGAAUUGUCAGCAGUACCCCAUUUAUGCAUGCUCAGGGGGAGGGGCUUAAUCUACCAGUUGAUUGAUAGUGGUACACCUGGACUCAAGCUUAAAUGAACAUUCUGUAAAUGGAUAGAAUACUAGUUUUGUUGUCGACAAUCUGACUCCAACUGUAUCACAGUAUAUAUAGCCUCAUUUCUAAAACAAACAUGGUGGUAUCUAUACAUAUAAUUAUUACAUAUACAUGUAUGUAAAUGGCUUUGUCAUAACACAUAGCCUGAGCACCAGUAGGUAUUAAAAGCUGUAUAUAUCUUGUAUUGAUCAUUUUAAAAUAUACUCGGGGUUUUUCUUUUUAUUAAAAACAGGUUUCCAUCUAACAUGUUGGCAUUUGAGGUAUAUAGCAUCAUUAGUGAGGUCAAAGAAACAUUUCUAAUUUCCUGUACAGAAGAAUUCUUCUCUGCAAAUCAAAUACUCUGAUAUUCUCUGAAAGUAACUGUAACUGAAUGUUUGAGAGUUGUGAAUAAAUUCAAAAUGGCUACCUCCAUGCUGAAAAUCUAAAUUUCAAGUGGUCAAGUAGUAAUUCCACCCAAACUAUGGUUUAGUUUGGAUAGAUAAAAAAUAUUAUUAAUUUGUUUGCACUAAUGUUUUAAAAUAAUUUAUGGGAAAACAUUUUCAUCUGACAGUGCUGGCUUAAGAGCACCGGUUAUUGCAAUAUUGAUGAUAGAAUACACAGGUUCUGAUAUAUUUAUAAUAGGUUAGUGUAACAAUUGAGUAUACUGUUUGAUAGAAACAAAGUGGUGGUUAACAUACUUUUGAAGAUGUCGGAGGCCUCUGGUAGAAACUGAAAUGUAUUUUUAUAUCUCAGGCUCAGAUAAGUGGACCUCAGCUGAAAAGAAGAAUUUUAAUAAGGCUUUAAACACCUGCAGCAAAGAUUUCUUCCAUGUCCAAAAGAUGGUAAAAAUCUAAUUUCAUUUUUUUUUAAGUAUGUACAUGAUGAGUAGAAAAGAAUCCAAACAAGGGAUGAACCUUUGUGAAAAUAUAUUAUUUUGUAGGUCAUACUUAGAGGACAUUCCAGACCUCAAAACACUUCAGCUUGCUUAAGUACUUUAUGUAUGAAGAGUGUGUCCUAUUUUCUUCAUUCUACAAAAAACCUGUAGAUUUCAGUAGAAAUUGACAAUUUUUACACUCUUCUUCCAGCUGCCAGUCAGAUGACAUGUCCUGUCACUUCCCGGUUUGGUUAGCUCAGUGAAGCUAAGCUCAAGAGGCAGCAAAUGCCCAGAGCACCUGCCUUGCAAAGACUUCUCAUUGAGCUGUUUUGGGAAGUCUGUGAUUGGACAGCCACAGAGAGUCUGGGCGGGUUUAGAAGGGGAGGGCUGGCAAAGGCAGCAGAUAAGUAAAUGCAGGUUUAGCAAGCUGUUUUACAUAUACCCCAAUGGAAAAAUGCAUAAUAAAAUGUAUGCAUGAUUUAAUUGAGAACAUAUCUACUAAAUAGUGUUGUUGUUUUUUUAUUUUGCAGUGGAGUGUCCCUUUUAACCCCUUAAGGACACAUGACAGAAAUAUUCCCUCAUGAUUCCCUUUUAUUCCAGAAGCUAUGUCCUUAAGGGGUUAAUAGCUGAUAAUGUGUAUUAAGUUUUUGUAUACAUAUAAUGUGUAGGUAAGACUAAUGUUGGUUCAAAAUACUUCUCUGCAUUUUGCUUCUGUUUAAUAAAUGGAUUUGAGGAACAAAAGUUUUCAUAAGAGUGGCCAACUAAACCCAACUCAUUUUAUCACCGUGAUAUAGGAUAUGGGUGGCCAACGAAAAUAAAUAAUAUGGCAACAAUGUCUGUGGGAGGAAGGAGAUAUUAUUUUUAUACCAAGUAUUAUACAAUAAGAAUAUAACUACUUAUUUCCUAUGGGAAAUUCAAGCCAUUGCAGGGUUUAAUGCUAUCCAGCAAAUGAUCAAAUUAAUAUUGCAUUUAUUGGCUUUCUGAUUUAAUUGCAGAUUAAGUCAAAGACUGUGUCACAAUGUGUUGAGUAUUACUACACAUGGAAAAAGAUCAUACGCAUGGGACGAAGGCAAAGAACCAGACUUCCUGAAGUUAAUGAAGAAGACACGGUAAAUUAACUUGAAGACAGUUACAUUAACAUGACAUAUCUGACAUAGAAAUAGCCCAACCUCAGUACACAGCAACAUCUGCUUCUCCAACUAUAGUCUCUUAGAACAUUGCUCGAUAACUGGCAGACUGACAUCCCAUGUUUCAUGGCAGCUGGUUACCCACAGGAUUCACAAGUGUGAAUUUAAUUCACUAGAUUUUGAGUUGCAUUUCACAUGAUGCUUAGCCAGUAUACAAUUACAAAAUGUAACACUCCCUGUUCAUAUAUGGAAGAGUUAGUGAGGAUGUGUUGUCAGUUAAAAAAACUUAAUUGUUUGAUGAUAUAUAUCUUUUCGUAUGCCAAUGUGGCAAAAACAACAUAGUGUGCUCGAUAUAGAGAGAAAUGUAUUUCUUAGUUAUAAGACUUUAGUAGCAAUAUAGGUCAGAGUGAUCCAGUAGAUGUGAUCUGCUUGGAUUUCGCUGAGGCUUUUGAUAUAGGUCCACAGAAAAGGUUACUAGUAUAAUUAAAAUCAGUUAGUUUCUAGGAAAACAUGUGUUCUUGGAUAGAACAUUGGCUUAAAGAUAGAGUAUAUAGAGUAGUUGUAAAUGGAACAUUUUCAAAUUGGACAAAAUUGGUUAGUGUUUUUUCCUGGAACAACUUCUCUUUAAUCUGUUUAUAAAUCAUCUUGAAGGGGCAUUGGAAGUCAUUUGUUGGUGUUUACAGAGGACACAAAAGUAUAAAAUACAGUCUGAACAUGACACAACUUCUCUAUGGAAGGAUUUGGAUACACUGGGGGACUGGGCAGACAAGUGGCAGAUGAGAUUCAGAGAAAUGUAAAGUCAUGCAUUUUGGAAUAAGGAACCCACAAGCCACUUAUACAUUAGGUGGGUUUGUGUUAGGGAUAACAUUACAUGAAAAGAACUUGGAACAAUUAUAGAUCACAAACUAGGAAACAGUAUGCGAUGUCUGUCUGCUGUUGCAGAAGCUAGUAAGGUGCUUUUGUGUAUUAAAAGGAGUUUUGAUUCACCUGUUCCAAAUAUAAUUGAGAAUUCAAGGAUAUAAUUGUAUGUAUACAGGUUGAUGAUCCACGGAAAAAUCUGAUUGCCAUUGUGUAAUCAGGAAGGAUUUUCCCUCUUUUUGUUUCAUUAUUGGAAAUGGCUACUAUUGGUGGGGGUGGUAUACCUUCCUUUGGAUCAACAGCAUAAAACAAUGGGCUUGAGGGAUGAACUUGAUGGACUUUAGUCUCUUUUUUUCAAACUAAACAACUACGUAAUAAUAAUAGUAAUAAUAAUCUGGGCUGCCAUCAGACAUUUUGGGGGCCCUGACGCAGCCCACCUCCAUGCCUGCCCACAUGGCCUGCCCCUGAGCCUAAGUCCACCCAUAAGGAAGAAGUGUGUGUGCACUGAAUUUGGUGUGUGUAUAUUGGAUGUAGAAGGUGUGUAGUGGAUGCAAAGUACUUGAGUAAAGUGGACGUGGUGUGUGUUGUGGAUGCCAUGUUUAUAGUGGAUGCAGAUUUUAUGUUUUUGUGUAUUAGAAGCAGAGUGUGUUUCUGUAGUGGAUAGAGUGUAUGGUAGUAUAGUGGAUGUAGUGUGUAUAGUGAAUGCAGAGUGCGUGUUUGUGUAGUGGUUGUAGUGUGUGUAUAGUGAAUGCAAAAUGUGUGUUUGUGUAGUGGAUGUAGUGUAUGUGUGUAUAGUGAAUACAGUGUGUUUGUGUAGCAAAUGUAGUUUUUGUGUGUAUAGUGAAUGCAGAGUGUGUAUAAUGAAUGCAGACUGUGUGUUUGUGUUGUGGAUGUAGUGUUUGUUUGUAUUAGAUGCAGUGUGUAUAGUGACUGCGGAGUGUGUAUAGUGACUGCAGAGUGUGUGUUUGUGUAGUGGGUGCUGUGUGUAUGUUGAAUGCAGACUGUGUGUUUUUGUAGUGGAUGCAGUGUGUGUGGUGAAUGCAGUUUGCAUGUUUGUGAAGUUGAGAUGUGUGUAUUUGUAUAGUGAAUCCUUUGUGUAUAGUGAAUGUGAUGUGUGUGUUUGUGUAGUGAAUACUGUGUGUGUUUGUGUAGUAGAUGUUGUGUGCGUUUGUGGAGUGAAUGCAGUUUGUGUGUGUGUGUGUGUGUGUGUGUAGUGGAUGUCUUUAUGUUUGACAAAUGCAGUGGGGGUAUUUUUUUUCCUUCUAAUUUUGAUUAAUUUAAAAAAAAUGUAUUCCCCCCCCUUCCCUGCCUCUUACAUAUAGACAUUGGAUUCCCUGGUGGUCCAGUCGGUGGCCCAGCUGGUUGGGCCAGCAAAGAGGGGCCCUGCAGUCUUCAUCUUUCCCCUCCGGGCAAAACUUCUUCGCGAGCCUGGCAUGCAUUCUGUGUAGCGGAGUGUUGUCGUGGCAACCCGCGGCAACGCUUUACAGCCGCGGCUCGCAAUAGUGCCGGAGGUCAAUGUGAAGCCAGCAAGGCCCAAAGAGCUAUAUAUAUAUAUAUAUAUAUAUAUAUAUAUAUAUAUAGCGGUACCCACUAUAUAUAUAUGCUCAUUGAAGGGCCGGGGGUACGGACAGACAGAGCAUUACCAGUACAGUCCGGGGCACCCAGGACCGCCGGGCCCGUGACAACCAUUAAGGUUGUCACCCCCUGAUGGCGGCCCUGCUAAUAAUAUCAAAGUAUAUAAUGACGAAUGGUCCAUUUAGCUUGUCUCCAGUUUUGGAAAAUGUCCUGGGGUCCAGUUGUUAUAAAAAGAAGCCCACAUGAAAUCUUUGAGAAUGUAUGCUUCUUAACCUAUGUUUACAUUGGUAAAGGGAGAAAUGGGUCUGGUACCUCACUUCUCCUAAACAAGGCAAAAAGAUAGAACAGCUAUAAUAGAGUAAGAUUGAUCAAAGAGGAGAAAAGCUGAAGUUUGAGAUGGUCAGUAGGUGAUGAAAGAUUUCUAGUGUAACCAAAACACAAUCAGGAAGCAGUCAGUGUUCACAAACCCUACAGUAUUUUCCUCUAUGUAGAGUUAAAUGAACACGACAGUGACCAAUCCUGAUAGCUAAACAUCAUAUAGCGAUGGUUAGUGUGGGCAUCGUAGAUGUUUGGGAAAAAUAUUUUACAUCAUAUUCAUCAUGGUGCCACGUUAAAAAUCACUGAAUAGGCAUUGUUCAUUACCUGUGUCUUGUGAAAUGAAUCUGUUGUCUACCAAUUUUAGUUUAAAGAGGUGGGACUCGAAAAAGCCACAAGUCUACCUGUGAAGAAAGUAUUUUUCAGAACGUAACUGAAUACCUUUGUCUGCGGUCAAUGACAGAAGGAAGUGAAAUUGUGGGGAAAUACUGUUUUAUGAAAAAAAGAACUUUAAUUGCCGUCAGAUUUCAGAGCUUAAAACAUCUGAUCAAAGGGAAUGGAAAUAAGGCAGGAAGUAACCAUUUCAUUUCCUGCACAGAAUUCAGCAAUCCUGUACAUGUUAUCAUGAUAUUACAAAGUAGCAGAAACUAGAAUAACUCAAAUUGCCCCAAUAUUGGGAAGAGUGGCUUUUGGAAAAUUCCCACCGUACGACUGGAUAUUUGUACAUAGACAUCAAAUCAGGGAGAGUACAUAGAGAUGGAUAAGCAAUUCACUGACACUCCUUUUUGUUUUGCAAAUGUAUAAUUAAAAUCAAGUUUUAUUCUUAACCGUUCCUAAUCAGUGGAACUGAUAUAUGCUGUUUACACUGCUAGGUUUGAUUUUGUAGCUGUCCGUUACAAAAUAGCAUAACAUGUUGCCUCAAACCUUUGCAACGAGUAUUUCACUGUACCUUGAUCUUUAAAUAUAAAUGCACUGUCAGGGUUGCUCACUAAAGAGAGAAUUUUAAGUGAAUUUAAAAUUUAAGGUCAGAGUAACAAAACUUAAAGCAUAGUUAACUUAGAUAUUGUUUUCCAUUUCAGCUAUUUUGAUCUUAAAUCUGAAAUUCACUUCUAAUUCUCUUUUUUAGUAAAUAGUAAAUCUGUUUAGACAUUCAAGUAUGUACAAAGUAAUAAUACAUGGCCCUACCUAUGUUCGCUAUUUUUUUGUUCUAGACGAGCGUUGAUGACAUAGAGGAGGAUGAAGAUCUGGAAGAAAGAAAAUGUGAAGAAGACGUUGAACAAGUGCUAAAAUCUCCAGAACCGCUGCAGACAGCAGAUCUGAAUCAACCAGUGGUUCAGAAUCUCGGCCCACCUAUUGGAUCGUUCAUCUGUGAAAUGGGCAACUGUGGAGCAGUAAGUUUCAAUGCAACUUUUCCUAGUAUGGUCCAUCUGUCCGCACACCCUGCAUGUUGACACAUCACGGAAUAAUGUGAACGACUUCAUCGUGUCGAUUAAGAACAGUAGCACCCCAACCUGCAGUUACUGAGAGUAUCUGAAUAGCAUUUCAGUCUGGACUAAAAUUAUUAAAGUAGAGCGGACUUUUACAAAAUUUACUUGCAUUCUAGAGAUUCUUUUUUUUACAGACAAUUAAAACAUGAUGUGGUUUUACCCAGACGGCAAUAAAACAAGACGUUUUUCCUACCACAAUAAAAUGUGCUUGCUAUGAAAUAUAAAGUUAGAAGCUGUUUGUAAAUUAGGUUAAUAAUGCGUCUGAAUGACAGAGGAUUAGCCAGGAGUACAGUAGAGCACUGGUUGCUGACAAAAUAAAUAUUGAUUUAAACAUCUAUUGUACGUUUUUUAAAGUUCCUUAUUUUCCCUAAGGUCAGGGUUUGCAACCUAUAGUGCUGGGAGGCUGUCGGUGAGUCGUGGGUAAUGUAGUACUUUCAAUGGACUUGUGAUUUCACAACUGUUAAAGGGACACUCCAGUGCCAGGAAGCCAAUCAGUUUUCCUGGCACUGCAGUUCCCCUCUCUCUCCCACCCCCCAUCCCCGGUUGCUGAAGGGGUGAAAACCACUUCAGUCACUUACCUGAGACCCCCGCGGUGGUUUCUGCUCGCUGCCGCUCCUCCUCUUCCUUGCGUCAGCCGGUGGGCGAGACUGAUCCUGCCUGCCGGAUGAGGAGACCUAAUGCGCAUGCGCAGUAAUGCUGCGCACGCGCAUUAGAGCUCUCCAUAGGAAAGCAUUGAAAAUGCUUUCCUAUGGGGAAUUGAGCGACGCUGGAGGUCCUCACACAGCGUGAGGACGUCCAGCGACGCUCUAGCACAGUGUGCUAUGGAGCAGGAAGUGGAGCAGGAAGUGCCCUCUAGUGGCUGUCUAGUAGACAGCCACUAGGGGAGGACUUAACCCUGCAAAGUAAUUAUUGCAGUUUAUAAAAAAACUGCAAUAAUUACACUUGCAGGCUUAAGGGUAGUGGGAGUUGGCACCCAGACCACUCCAAUGGGCAGAAGUGGUCUGGGUGCCUACAGUGUCCCUUUAACCAUACACCUAUGAAUUGUUGAACUACAAUUCCCGUGAUUCUCUGCUAACCGCACAACCACAUGUUAUUGUUGUGACUUAUGUGUUUACUGGUGUUGUAGUUGCUAUAUGAUUACUUUCAUUUUUAAAAAUUUUUAAGGGACACUAUAGUCACCAAAACAACUUAAUGAAACAGUUUUGGUGUAUAGAUCAUGCCCCUGCAAUCCCACUGCUCAAUUCUCUGUUUAUGAACCCUAGUUACACCUCCCUGCAUGUGAUUUGCACAGCCUUCAACACUUCUUGUAAAGAGUCAUCUAAAGUUUAUCCUUCCUUUAUUGCAAGUUCUGUUUAAUUUAGAUUUUCUUAUCCCCUGCUAUGUUAAUAGCUUGCUAGACCCUGCAAGAGCCUCUUGUAUGUGAUUAAAGUUCAACUUACAGAGCAAGAGACAAAAUUAUUUAAGGUAAAUUACAUCUGUUUGAAAGUGAAACCAGUUUAUUUUUUCAUGCAGGCUCUGUCAAUCAUAGCCAGGGGAGGUGUGGCUAGGGCUGCAUAAACAGAAACAAAGUGAUUUAACUCCUAAAUGGCAGUGAAUUGAGCAUUAAAACCUGAGAAGCAUGAUCUAUACCAGGGUUCCUCAAACUCCAGCCCCCCAAAUGUUGCUGAACUACAACACCCAUGAUUCUUUGAAUUACAUAUAUAGCCAGAGAAUCAUGGGAGUUGUAGUUCAGCAACAUCUGGGAGGCCGGAGUUUGAAGACCCCUGAUCUAUACACUAAAACUAUGUCAUUAAGCUAAAGAUGUUUAGGUGACUAUAGUGUCCCUUUAACUUUUCUAACCUAAUAAUAUUAAUAGAGAGAAAUGAAAUAGAUUAAAGGUGCAAACAAAAUGCCACAUGUAUAUGAUUUUAUUACAAGUAUGAUCUUGUUGAUUUGAUCAUUGUCGUGACAGCCUCUGAAACUGAAACUUGAUGUCACCACUGUCUGUAAUUACAGGUAUUUUGCUCCAGACAAGCUUUGAAUGGCCAUGCGCGUGUUCAUGGAGGAACAAAUGUACCAGCCAGAAUAUUAACAGUCACACCUACAUCCAAGCAGAAAUCAAGCACUCCAAGUGGGCACUGUUCCAUGAAAAGCUCUCCGGCACAUAGCACCACCAGUGGCGAAACAGAUGCAGCUACAAUUUUCCCUUGCAAAGUGUGUGGCAAGUAAGGGAAUCCUUUUUUUAUAAAACCUCUAACAUUUGAAAAUUAAGAUUACAUUGAGAUAGAUGACAAGUAUUGCCAGCUGUAUAUUAAUUAUGAGCUAAUUAGCAUGGCUGCUGCAGGCAUAAUAACUUUCAUGGGAUAAUAUUAUAUGGGGAUAUAUGGAACACUCCAAACACCAUAACCCCUACAGCUCGAUCAGCUUACACUCUCAGCCAACCAGCUAGGCCCUACAUGGGUGUAUAGUAUCCUUUACAUUUAAAGUUUCUGAUGAGAUGCAACUAACUCAGAAUUGAAAGAUGGAUAAGAAAUAUUCAACAGUAAGGUCUUAUUUACUCAGGGGUAAUGACUGGCCUUUAUCUGACUGCCAGUCACUGGGAAAGCAGAUUUUAAAAACCACCUAAACUAUCCCGUUGGUUUUCAGAUUCAUUUCUCAGGCAGUGUGUGUCACACAUUCAUUUUCAAUGGACACUUUAGGACACUCAUUGCAUUGUACAGAUAAUCAGUUCAAUACAAUCUGUUAGAAAUUAUUAAAAGAAAAAAAAAACACUAAAACUUAACUGGGGCAGAAACAGUAGACAGAUCUCUCCUAGAACAGGAAGAUGCUUCACCAAUCAGCCAUUAUGUUUAUAGCCAUUAAAUGUCUGUCCAGGAGGAUCCAUGGGAUAAGCUGUUUACCCACCUAGUGAAAUUCCACUCAUUCCAUAAGUUAAGUGGAGCUGAUGAAUAAACUGCUAAGUAGGUGAUAUCCUGACCACACACGCACAUGUGCAAAAUGUACCUCAACAGCCGUGCAUGCAGCUUGCGUACAUGCUGGGAGACAGGGACCAGGGUACUCUCUGCAUCAUAACCUAUGCUUUAAGUACAGGCUGCUAAUGUGCUUAAAGUGACCCUUAUGUGGGAAAUUAAGGGUGUAAAGGAGGAAGCAGAAACAGGAACCUUAUUACAUUAAAAGGACACUGUAGGUUUUAAUGCCUGGAGUCCUCCUGGCAUUGUCCCUCCAUUCAGUUUAAUUUAUGUUUGAGCAGUUUAACUCUAUCUAAGGGACCCUGGUCACCCACAGCCCAGCAUCUACUGGAGGUAUGGGUAAGGAAAAGUUUAAACAUUUCCUUCAAGACUUGCCAUUUUGAAUUGGCACAUUUUCAUGUGUACUAUAAACACAAAAUUAAAUAUUUGGAAUUUAAUAGACUCGUGUUUGUGAUCCUUAAUUUAGGGUGUUUUUGAAGAUCAAAAGUCGGAACGCUCACAUGAAAACGCACAGGCAGCAGGAGGAACAGCAGAGGCAGAAAGCACAGAAAGCUGCCGUGGCAGCGGAGAUGGCCGAUGCCAUCGCUAGGACCAUAGAUAGGAACAUGCCUGCCGAACACAGCUUGCUUCCAUUUGACCACCUCAGCUUGAUUAAAACCAUAGAGCAAGACUUUGAUGAUGAUGAUGUUGCCCAAGAUCUAGAAGAUGUCCUGGAGGAGACAGAAGUCAUGCACUCGGAUCUCCUUUUGGAUGACGAGGAUGUAGAUUUACUCCAGGAUGGUGCAGAUCUGUAGGGAAAAUGUUUAAAGACUUUUGCAUACCCAUUGGCAGAUGAAGGGAGAAAUUGCAUGAAGUCUAAAGAAUGCUGUACAAGUUGCUAUCGGUUGCAUGACUGUGACACUACUGACAGGCACAACCUUCGUAGGAUCAAAACAGACCAAUACAAAUAGUAUCUUUAAGGGAUUAUGGCCAUACUUGAUGUGAUAGAAAUGGUACUGGUGUCCAAAGUUGCCUUACUGCCAACCACUUGCUUCGACGGGGUACUGUGACAUGAUGUGUUUCAUAAAGUAGCACUGGUUAGUUAAUUUGGCCUUACAUAAAGGUCAUUUCACUUUUUUUUUUUUUUUUUUUAUGGAUCCUUAACAGAAUUAUAAGUUCACCUUGAUUGGAUCAACACAUUAAAUGCCAAUUUCUACCUCUCUAUCAUUUAUAAGGGCAAGUCUAUGUGCUCUAAAGUUUAGUGUUUACAUAGCUGGAUGUGAAAAACAAACACACACAAAAAAAAUCAGAUAUCUCACUUUAGUAUCAUCAUUUUAUCAGUGACUGUUAUUUUCCAGUUUGCAUUUCCUAACUUUAUUUCUUGCUGCCCUGAAGGUAACAUCUCUUUGGGUUAGCAACAGGGUAUCUUAGGUUCCUCUGAGAUUUAGAAAAAAGUCUUCCCUGGAUUCAUAGGACCGAGGUAACUGAUAAUUGAGAGGUUAGGUUAGCAUGAAUUUUUCAAGAGAAGACUUGAAAACAAAAAUAUAAGAAUAGAUUUGGAAAAUGUCCUUACUAUAUCUCCAAAAACAAAUAUCCCACCUAGGCUAGUAAUAUCUAACUUGUUUGUAUUAAGGUAGUCAUUUUAUGACCAGAAGUCCUUCAUUUGUAACAAACUAUAGAAAUCACUUGAGUUGUGUAAGGCACACUGAAAAAAAUAAAUGGCAACAAACAUGCUAAGUGUAGAACGCAGACAUCUGAAAUUCUGAAUGUACCUUAGUCCUUGGAGAGGUUCUUAUACUGAUUGAAACUUGAAAUUAAACUGAACUGACAGAUUCCCCAUGAAGAGAGGAAAAAGCUUUAAUCCCCAGAAAACAAAAUUGUUAUUCAGGUAAAGUAAAAUACAGCCGGUGCAUAAAGAGAGAAGUGCUGAAUGAAUUCUGACACAUUUCGUGUCUGCUUGGGCACUUCUUCAGAGACACAUGGCACACAACUAGCGACAAUUCUUCAAAAACGGGUGAUAAUAAAUACAGUGUGAACUGCUUAACCUAGGGAAAUAAACCGCUUGGUUUAGACAAGAUAUUGGUCCGGGAAUACUUAAUUAGCUGAACUCUCAAUAUACUGUGGGUUUUGGUAGAUAUAAUAUUCAGCGCUGCCUCAACCAAUCCCUAAUUAUGACAAGUCAUUUCAAGGAUAGAGAGGUUAAAUGCCUAAACAUUGUAUGCAUGUAGUGUAGUAGUAUGUGUUCUUCUAUAUAAUUUUUAUUGCAUUUACCAUGCAACAUACACUGUUCAAUGUUAAAACUACUGGUGUGUUGGGGAGCUAUUAACCACCAGCUUGAUAGGCUUUCCAUCCCAAGGCAGUUUAAUGUGAAUGGUUGUCUAAAGGGUGUCCUGCAUUAUUUUAUGCGCAUACGUCCUUUUGGAUAUGGCCAAUUAUGAGAGCCCUACAAGUAUUUCCUUUGGAAUUUUUUCUUACUGUACGGUAUAUGACUGUGGCACAACGGAACAAUACAAGGCGAAUAGCCGAGUUUCCCUCGGGCCUGCUUCACGCCUACCUUGUAUGAUGUAAUCCUGGAGACAUGCCUAUCUGCUAUCCAGAGCGUUUGGUGGUGUGGAUUGACACUGCACUUCCAAGACUCCUAACCACUAAAAUAUAGUGAUUUUUGGCCACUAAGAAGGGGUGAACUACUGUAUGCACUGUAACAACUUCAAUUAGAUGAAAUAGUUAUAGUGAGUACAGUAUUGCUUUAAGGAUAAAAUAGCUAAAUUAAAAGCACAGCAGACUUGGAGAAUUCACCUUAAAAUCCAAUCAAGUCUUACUUUAUUGAAUAACCCUGUAAGAGUUGACUAAGAAGCAGUGAAAUGGUUCGUUUUCUGGAAAUAUAACUGGCUUUAUGGAGAAAAAUCAUUUAGGUAUUUUAUGUUAUUCUUUGGUAAACUUUUCUCCAUAACACGCAGUUUAGAAUAAAACGUAUAGUGCAGGACGAAGAACCUUUACUCUGUGUAGUGAUCCUAUGGAUACGAUAUUUUUUACAAAUCUUGACUCGUUUUCAAUUUCAGACUGCCGUGGUUUUCCGAAAUGUUUUUUCCUUAAACGUCUGUUAAACAAAAGAUUUUCAAAUGCAUUUCCCCCAUGUACCUUAAGAGAAUAUGCCUUCUAUUUCAGUGAAUAGGGAAAAGGGUAUUUUAAAAUUUUAUUUUUUUCUUGGUUCUAGGGUUCAUUUUCCUGUUAAUUGUUUGAUUGCCAGAGAGGAGUGAAUGCACUGGGGGAUGGGGGGCAAUUACCUUGGUGCCUUCGGAUCUCCUUGAGCACACUUUGGGCUAAGCUGUAUCGUGUGUCAUAGCAUGUAAAUAACAAGUUCUGAGAAUGUAUUUUAGGAGAAAAUGAAACUAUUUUGAAAAAGUAUUUAACUGCUCUUCUAUUUUUUCAGUGAUAAGGUGUAAAUAUUUUUUUAAGAAUUACAAUGAUUAAAUAUAUAUAUAUAAAAAAAUAAGUGUUCGGUUUCUAUACACUUAUUUAACCCUUUUGCAAUGCAUUUUAGUUUCAAUGAAGAGGGCAAAGACACCACAUUUCAUCAUCAUUAAUGUCCAUUCUUGUCCUCUGAACUCUUGACAAGCCAGAUUGUGAAAGAUUUGUAAGGGAAUAUUAACUAAAGCAAGGAUUACGUGGCAUUCUAAAGGGAAUUGCAAAUUUAGAACAAAAUAGCCAUUUUAUAAUUAGCAGUUGGCUUAUCAGUUCUCAGUGAAUAAACCUUGUAUUAUUUAAAAUAUAACACUAUAGCCUAAAGUGACAUUGAAUUAAUUCUUCAGCCAAAAAAAAGCCUUCCUUUUUAGAAACUAUCAGCAUCAGGUUCAACUGCAGAAUGCUUUUAACCCAGACAGAGAUAUUCUCUCCAAAAAUGAAAACACUCAGAAUAAGUAUUUUUGUUUUAAAAUGGGCUAAUUUAGGCUACAAAUCACAUAAGUAGAAAUAUUAGCUAUUUUGUUUUGGAAUUUGGAAUUCCCUUAUCAGUUCGGCAUUGAAUAUUCCCUGUUUAGUGAUUGACACUAGUAUAGUGCUUUGUGCUUGAAAUUAAUUACUUGGUUUCAUAGCUGGACUUGAGGACAAACCUUAGGAACUGUCACAAGGCUGUUGUGAGCCUAACUCCCUGACAUUAUACUGCCCUUUUAUUGCGGUUUUAUAUCUAGUUUCAUGUUAUGAGUUAUAGACUUUUCGAUCUGAGGUUAUUUUAUUUUUUUACUAUGCAUUGCAGCAAUUUGUUUUUGCAUCCAAGUUAUAUCUGGCAAAAGAAACAUUACAAGAUGCAACAUGAUGAUUGUGUUCCCCACCCCGAAGAAGGCAGCAUUAUAUUGUUAAAGCUGUACUUGUUAUAUAUAUGUAUGUAAAGAAAAAAUAAAAAUAAUUUCAUGUUCA